AGCGACGCGUGCGCGCAGCUUCCAGCUUCGGAGCUUCCCUGCUAAAGACGGGUCGCCGAGCUUUCAGGGAAUCCAGCUGUCACUCAACCCAGAGUCAGACUGAGCAGCGGGAAUCCCGGUCCAGAUAAAUACGAGACCUGGACCCUGCCUAUCGAAGGAGGACCUCCGGUGGUUCACAGAUCCGAGAGUCUUCUGUCCACUCCUGCGAAGCAAAGGAGGAGGAGGAGAGACUCGAAAGACAAUACCGGAGACAACUGGCACAUGUGAGCGUCUGACUAAUUAUCACCACAUCUCCUGAGCCAGUCUCAGAGGUUUGAACAAACCAGCAGUCAGAAUUUGCUGUUAAUCAGUCGAUGUUGGUGUUUCUGGCAGCGGAGAAGGUUCAGCUCGUGCCAAAAUGACCAGACCAUUGUCUAGCAUCGCUAUAAUGGAGUGGGCCCGCAGGAAUUUUGGCACCGGUUUUACGCAGCAGACCACAUAGUUUGAUCGACGUUUCUCGACCCAAGGCAGACGAGUGAGGCUGACAUGGACAAAGAAACCUUCCGCAUCUCGUAGUGAUGCUAUGAGAUAAAAAAUCAUCACACAUCAGUCGAGCACGCGGCUGGUUCCUGGAGGUGAUCCUCGAUUCACGGGAUUCAAGUUUGGACCUCACCAAGUCCAACACGACCUUCCCUUCCCGAAGAACAGGAUCAUCUUACAUCUUAAAGCAUCUUCACAGACUCGCAGAGCGGUAAGAGUCCUUUGUCUUUUUCAUUCUCAAUGUUGUGAUGAAAUUUAUUUCCGUCUUUGUUGUGCAUGUGGCUCAAUUAUAAGCCUUUUGGAGCCCGGGUGAGAGUGAACGUCGCGGCCCAUGGACGCGCCAUAACGCACAGAAAGGGGUUGCAUCUAUAGCAUUGAUUCGUUGUCCGAUUUGUGUUCAAUGUAUUUUACUCAUGCUCAUUUCUUUGCACAUAUUAGUCGUUGGCUAAGGCCAAGAUGUAUGAGCAACAAGAGCAACUUCUCUGUAUGAAUCUGCUUUAGAAAAAUCCUGUGCAUCCGGCGCGUCUAAUUGACAUACGCUGCCAAUUUGCACUCAAUCUGCCCUCCCAUCAGCUUCCAGUCAAGUACGGUAUAGCUUCGAAAUGCUAAUUCUUAAAUAGAACCACGUUUUCUAAAUUUCUCUAAAUGCUCUUAACCCGUUUCAAUGGGAAGGUGGGCGGUGCAGAGAAUCUCCUUGGGAUCUGGUUUAUUCCUGCAGGAUCUGCUCGAAUUAGCGGACGCAAAUGAAGACUUUGCAUAAACUUAUUGGAAAACUCUUGAGAUCAGUUGAUUAUGCUAUUUCACAGGAUCUGGAGAGCUUUGCUGGUAAGCUUGUGGUUUAAAGAAUUUUUUGUCCAGUGAGGAGCUGAUUUUAUUACCAUUAUUAGUUUUUUUUUUGUUUGUUUUUUGUUUUUGUUAAUAGUUUUAACAAUGCUGCCAUUUUCAAGUCUUGAGGGCCAGUAGUGUGUUUCAAACUGGAUGACAAAUAAGCUAACUGCAGUAGGUUUUUUUUUUUUUAAAGGUUUUCAGUCGCUGAACAAGCAGAGCAAUCAUUGAUGUUAGAUAUCAAUCCCAAUUCCAGGUAUAAAUUAUUGCACGUCUUAUUUUAAGGUUUAGCAGGUACAGCUUGACAUCUAAAAACCACUGAACUUUACAUAAACAUAGCUAUUUAAGCAUAAAAACCUUUAUCCAUCAUCCUCCACAGCCUUACACCGCUCUUACAAUAACAUAAUGCACAAGCUGUUGAUGUGACAGCACCCCCACACACCAAAUUUCCCUGAUUCAGUGAUUAUCUCAUCAUUUCUGGAGUCGAGAGAAAAACCCUCCUCCUGCUCACAGUGGUGAACCUGUGCCUGCUCCACUGUGAUGAGAAACCCUCUCAUUGUGCCGGCUGCCUUUGAAAUGUGCCACAUUGCUUUCUGUGCAGAGCAUUUGUCAACGCCAGCGAAGCACUGGCUCAAACAUGAGGCACUGUAAUGAGUUUCUCCCUCGUGCUUCAGAAAAUCCUCACUAUGUGUAAGGGCAAUGUGAUGGGUUGGGAUGUUGCCAACAUAAAGAGCGCAGUGAAUGCUUCAUCCUCCACAUAUGGAUGCUAUGUGUUUACUCAGAAUUUAUUCUUUGGUGAGCUGCCAGGAGGAGCAUUUGGCCUCUAUUUUUCCUUCUUAAUCUCUAUUCUGUAAGUGCAGUUUUGGCAUUUCACCGCCCUGCAUACUAUAAAGUUAAUGAAUAACUUCGAUAUGUGAAAUUAUUCCUGAGAGAUGGUCCAUCUCGUACCCUAACUUGUUACCCUAUCCUCCUCUGAAGAUCAUUAUUCCACUCCGUGUGGAUUGGAGGUGGAACUCAAACCAAUAUGGGAGGAGGGGAAGUGGAGCCCUGUGAGUGAGAGCGAUGAGGAGCAGAUUCUGUGUGGCAGCAAGGAAAUGCCCCAUCACUUCAGUUAGUAUCAUAGCCAGUGUGCCCCUGUCCUCUUUUUCAAUUUAAAAUAUUUGGCUUGUUUCAGCACCAUCUGAGACACUGCGACCACAGACCUCCUGACUUGGCAGAUAUGAGUGAUAAAUUGUGCAUGGAUGUUUAUUUAAUGAUCAGAGAUGUCCCAGAAAAGUCUGAGGGAUGUCGCAUAGCCUUUGAGCUGGCUGGGAAGUUGAUUAAUGGCACAUCCAAUAAUAAAUAUAGAAGUGAAAGUUUGGCAUUAGUGUUACCCAAGUGGUCCAGAGAUCAUCAAUCCAAGAGGAGACACUUAAAAGUGAUUCUUCUUUAAAUUCAGAGCAACACUCACAACCCACCAUCAAAAUACAUUAAUAACAUUAAUCCUGUGCUUUAACUUUGGGAGCUGCUGUAUCAUAAAUGUAUCAUAAGCUAUUAACCUUUUAAUACAAGGUCUUGAUAAACCUGAGUACAUAUCAGUCUCACACUCAUGGAAAUCUUCAUGCGUUGUAAUCUAAAAAUCUAUUUUCCUACAUUAUGUCUAGUUUACUUGUUGGAUACCCAUAUGCUUAAGAUUUAGAGCUCUGUGGCUGAUUAUAAGUCAAGUGUUAAAAGAAAUAGUUAUGAAUUGAGACAUCACCCGGCUAUGAACCCUGCAGUUAUUUAACAACUGAGGAUAUUUGAAAAUAAAGAGGUUUUACAAAAAGAAACUUUUAAUGAAAAUCUUUCAGAUUAAUACAGAAACAUCAGAUAUCAGCUUCACUUUGACAUUAAAAAAAUGCAACAUAAAUAAUAAUCCAUCAGGACUGAAACAUUUUAAAGUUAAAUUAAAAAAAGUUAUAAAUAUAACGGGACAAAUUUAAGCACAUUUUAGAUAUUUUUAUAGCACAGAGAAAUUUGGAAUAAGACAAAAAAACUAUAUGAUUGGUAUGAAGUGACUGUUGAUUUUAGAUCACAUCUCUGCUACUUUUACUUACAAACAAGACAGAAUGAUUCAAUACUGUUAGCAAUAUAACACAACAUAAUAAGUGAUACAAUACCAUAUCAUAUUAGCUGUAAGUAAUACACAAUACCCAAUACAACAAAAUGAUGGUGGAAAAAGACAUGUACAAAGAGAGAAAUUGACUUUUGACACGAUAGGAUAUAAUAUGAUACAUCUCUUUUACAUGUUAGAGGCUCAAAUAUGGGCUCAAAAUGUCCUUUUUUAAGAUAAGAUAAGAUAUUCCCUUAUUUGUUCCACAAGGGGAAAUUCCAAUUUUACAGCACCAAUAAAUACAAAAGAGAAAUUAAAGAAUGAAGAAAUUUAGGAGUUGAAAGAAGCCAACAUUUUACAACGUAGGCUUCUUUCUAAGUCACUAGACUUCUUUGUUAAAUCCUGAUGGGAAAUUGGAAAUUUCCAUGAGUGUGAGCCUGAUACACACUCAGCUUCAUGUUACCUCGCAUCUGAAAGACCUCCAAUUAAACAGUUAAUGACUUGUGAUACAUUUCCGAUCAAUAGAACAUAUCUUGUAGGUUUUGCUGUUUUCUUUUCAUUUUUCAGCUCUAAUCUGCAGACACACUCCUGGAGGUCCAAAUCAAUAAUGAUUUAUUACGUUAGAAAUGCAUCAUAUCUGCUAGCAACCUUUCAGAGACCGUUUAAGGACAGACUACAUCAAAAAAUCAUGAUUUUAUCUUAUGUUAAAUGACAUAUUUAUAUAUUUCUGUGGGGUGCUGGUGAUCAAGUAUACUUUUAAUGUGUGAUGUUUGCCUCAAAACUUGUCAAGAGUGAAAGCUCAGGCAGACGAUCAUAAAGCAGGAAUCUGCAGUAUUCACUAGCGUCAGUCAGGGAUGAUAGUUUUGAAUCCUGAAUUUUCCUAAUUUCCACCAUAAAAUCCUUUAAUCUUUAAAUACCAGCAUAAUAUUUCUGAAUCCCCAUCUUUAUGCUAUUAUUCAAAUGUUUUUAUGCUAAAGACCUGCAAUUAAAUCAGGCAUUUUCAAUUAUCAUAAUUGUGGAGUGAAAUGUCUGCGGGUUGUGUUUAAGUCAAUUACAUGCUUUGCACGUAGCUAUUUUGAAUAAUUUCCAGUAAUUCACUUCCUGUUUUUCUCAAUUCUUCCCUUCAGAAUGUGUGAUGUGGAGCCAGUAUACUGUAAGAGGUAAAUAUGAAGCUUUAAGCCACUACAUGAAGAACAUUCCCACUUGUAUAUGAGGUGCAGGUGUUUCAUAUCAUGUCGUCUCACAGUGAGUGUUUGGGUUUAGGCAUCUGUUGGAGGUGCUGCAGCCUCUCCUAACUGGCUUUGUGCAACAUGAAAUAUCAAUGUAUUAUGUCUAUAUCUUGUUUAGUAGAUGUGAGCAGCACUGCCAGCCUUAAUCCUCAGAGUGCAGUGCAAAGAGGGAAAACGGCAUCUUUAUGCCUGCCAACUAAGUCUGGAUCCCCUCCGCGUGACACUCAGCUCGGUAUUUUCUGGUUGCCAGUUCCUGUAAACGACCUUAAAGUUAGGAGAGGGGAAAGGAGGAGGAGGGGGGUGAUGCACUCACUCUGUAAUUAUCAGGUGAUUAGGAUUGUUACAGGCCAUCAAAUGCACCCACUUUUACUCUCCACAUGCACACUCCCCUUUAUUUAAAGCCAGCCUCAGCUGCACUGUGGAGGCUCUUUCUUAAGUACAGUAUCAAUGUACUUUUGGAUCUAUUUCUUGAAUGAGUAAAUUGCAAUUUUCUGGUGCAAUAGUUUGAUGUUGGACUGAAUGAAUAUGUAAAAAAAAAAAUAGAAAAUUGGUGAAGCUACUCAGAUGUCGCCAUUAAUCGCCAUUAAUUUAUGAUGAGCUCCAUGCUGUGAGUCGUAAUUGACAGAAAUUGUGACCUUCAUUUAUUUCCUUAAAUUAGUCAGCUGAUGAAUUUUUAAUGUGCGUUUGUAGAGUACAGCUGAGCGUCCAAAGCGGCUGAUAUUUUAGGGGAGACUCUGAAUAUUCCAGCGAGCGGGGGAGGGCUGUGUCGUGUUCUCUCUGACUCAGGAUGACUCCUCAGGAAAACGAGCCCUGCAGUCGGCCCUGACCCUUUACCAACAACCAUGUUUCAGUUGUGUCGUUGCACGUGUCCCAUGGAGACCGCAGCAGAUGUCUGAGUCCCUGAUGACGAAAAAAAAAAAAAAAAAGCAGGGAAAACGUUGAUUUUGUGGUGACAACAGGGUCCUGACCAUCAUGGUGUAAUUCAGUCCACCUUAUUCAGAAUACCUUACAUCUUUAUCUCUCCACCAUUUUCACCAUUUAUCAGCCAAAGUGCUUAAACAAUAAGUCUUUAAAAGAGUGACACAUCAGACAUAAAAUGUUGACAAAAAUAAGAUAAUAGUUCACAUUUCACUUACCAGAAAUGGCAGAUACUUGCAACUUUUAGCUUCCAAAAUGUACAUGUUUUUGUGCUUUUUUAUGUCACUAAGAAUACAUUUUUUGGUGAUUUUUCAUUAUUAGGACAAAAAAAAAAAAAAAUGAAAAUCCUUGCUAACUUUAACAUUUUUUACAUCUAUAAAUAAAUAGAUUUUCCACAGAAGUAAAAGACACAUUUUGUCCCAGACUUCAUUCAUGGUGCAUGUAAAGUUAAGCUUGUUUCAUAAAAUACUCCAAAAGUGAACCUGUGAGGGGACUCUUCACAAUAAAACGUCACUCUGAAUUUCUUUAAAUAUUUCUCUCCUAACAUUGUAAAGCUGGUUCUUGUUGACUUUGCAGAAUCUUCAGUGAUAAGAGUAUAUUUUUCAUAUAUUUGUCAUAUCAUCUAACAAACAGUCCAACAAGCAGGAGAGUGUAAACUUUUCAUGUUGAAAAAGGCACUAAAUUCCCACUUGGAGGAUAAGGUGUAAUCAGUUGUAUAGAAAGAUGGAGGUGGACAGAAAGAACCCCGCUGAGUGUGGAUGAAAUCAGAUGUCACUUCAGCCCAGCCUGGACUCAUGAGGAGAUACGGGCAGUCUGGCAAAUGAAAACAGUCGUGAAGCUCCUUCCCACCGGGAAUGUCACUAUAGCAAACUGGGAUCAGCUCAGACAUACACACUGCGAGCCGGGGAACACACACACGGAUGCAGAGAGAUCCGGAUGGAGCUGUUUACGCUCCAGUCAGUGUUGAACAUGCAUAUUCAAACUGAUACAUCAGACUCAUGAAUCUGUGCUUGCUGACACAUUUACAUACAGCCCGGCUGUCGUAGAGCGGGCUGUGAUGCGGGCUGACAGGUCUUAUGCCGCUUCCCUCGGGUCACCGGGGGAGGCGGAGCUACAACGUGACAGGAGUAAAGGCUGAGAGCUGCCUUUCAUUCACUGUCAGUCUCCAAUGACACAACCUCUCUGUGCAUUUUUAGUCAGGCAGGCUGAGCGGACGUUUGGGCUCCUACACAGCUGAGUGUGCGCUCAUGUGACUCAUACCUGGUGUUCAACUUUGUCUGCACUUGUGCAGUCAGAGCUGGUUAAGUUUGUUGACUUGGAUUAAUUCAAAAAAGUGGACUGACUUUUUCAGCCCAAAAUUCAAUUCCCUCUUUACAAAAAAAGCAGGCGUUAACAUGCGGAAAAGGGGCUGGGCAGUAGCUAAAACUCUUUACAGGAGCUUUAAGUUUAUUAAGUCCAAUCCUGUAGUGGUGACAAAAGCAUUCAAAAAACUUGAAAAGCUGUUAAUUUAACAUACGGAAAGUCAGGACAAAAAUGUAACCUGUUGCAUGAAGAAAGCUUCUUUAAAACUCCCAAAACAUGCUAGUGUUCAUUGUUAUACUCAAAAAUAAAACAGCUGCACUGUAUACAGAAAGUUUAAAAUAAAGCCUCACCUCUUGUAGACACUUAAAUAUUCACAGCAUACUGUCCUGCUGGUAUCAGAGUAGGGCUGGCCGAUAAACAGAAAAUAACCAUUCUGCCCGUAUUCAGUGUAAAAAAAAUAAAAUAAAUAAAAGUUGGUUUUGGAUGUGUGUAGGUAGGCUAUGGUCUCGACCUUUUAAGACGCUGUCCUACGUCGGAGAUGUGACUCCACCCCAUCCAGUCUGUAACAAAGAGGGAAAGACAGGUGAGGAGAUGGAGGACGGUUCAAAAGUUGUAGCGGCUGGAGCGGUGGCUGAAGUAGACAAAGUUAAGGUAGGAGGGUGUGAGCAGGUUGUGGAGUAGUUAUUGUCCAUUUAUCGUUAUCAAGGUGAACUGCUCAAUAUAUAGUGAUAUUGAUUUUAGGCUAUAUUGCCCAGCCCUAUACCAGAGCCUCUGUAAGUGAUGUAUUGUCACAUAAGCAUCAAGCUGUAAUCAGUAUCUUUGCUAAGGCUGCCUGAAAAAGCUAAAUUGAACUAUUUUGUUAAGGUGCAAUUUUGUUAUCUGUAACAAUAUGUUGAUAAAACUGUAUAUAGGUCUUUUUUAUAUCAAAACUGCUGCAGUAAAACAAAUAAAGAGAGUACAUCAUCAUUUGAUAGUUUUGGACUUAAGGGUAACAUUAAACCCUUUCAUACUGCCUGAAAUGCAUUUUCUUGAAUCAGCAGGUUGACUAUUUCACUCGUGGAUGUCAGCAUAAAAACAUCAACACUAACACAGGGUGUUUGGUCUUGCCACACCAGCUAAUCCAGGAAAAGUUUUGUCUUUAUAAUAAACACACCCUAGAGAGUAGUACUCUAAAUUUGUGUCAUUGUUCCAUUAUUCAGGUAAUAUCAACAAAUAUCAGGCACAUUCAGACUUGAGAAACACCGUGCAGUCCUAAGCUCUAACAAACCCAGUGUUUUGUCAUGUGAUUAUGCCAUCCUCUGAAACUGUCAGCCUCCGAGCAGUGAAGGAGACCGCAGAGAUUUCAUUAAAUACACAGAGCCAGCUUCAUUAUCUGAACAGAAACACACACACACAGGUGAUCAGCAGAGCGGCGCUGACACUGUGGAGAACCUAUUAGAAUCCAGAAGGAGAUCUGUGCCACAGCGCUGCACACGGCGGAGAGUAUGCGCUGAUCCGGCCAUGAGCGUUCACGCCUGUUUUUCCCAGCUGGGGUUAGCCAUGGUUGGGCAAUGUCCCCCUCGCUCUCUGUCAGCAGCAGAGCUAAGCAGAGCAGCCAGGUUCACGGACUGGGGACGGCACCCUGUCAGCACAGUCCUGCGCGGCGUACUCGACCACUCACUGAGGCAGGAACACACACGCACACAGAGGAAAGUGAGGAAAGCUGGACUGAAAGUAAGAAAGGACACAGGGAGAAUCGCGUGAAAUUCUGCAAAGAGGACUGUUUUUGUUCUUUGUUUUCAGAGUGAUUCACCCUUCCCAGGUUCUCAUAUUACUCCCAUUUCAUCAGUGCUGUGUCAGCUUUACAGACCCCUUCGACCUCCCACCCCUCACUCCCUUUCACCGUAUUGUAAAGGUCACAAACUCCAACACUGGGCCACAGAGCCAAUUAUUUCCCUCAUGAUUAAUGCAAACCAUGUACGCUUAGUCGUCUCCAUUAAAGCCUUUUUUUUUUUAAACCAAACAUUAUGAGUCAUGUUAACAUGCUAUCAGCUCAGUCUCUCUGUUUAAAGUGUGCUGUGUUUGUGCUCCCUCAUGGGAACCUGCAGCGCAGUGGCCCCUUUAAAUGUCUCACAGAAUAAUUUCACUCAAUUGAGCAAAUACAAGGGUCGACACUAAUAAAAUGUUAGAGAGAGACGAGCGAGCACAGGGUUAUUUUUAGCCUCUGUUGCAUAUACAACAUGUUUCUGCAGACACCAGGAUGCUCCGGGGUUGUGUUUAUACGGUCUCCAAUGGAAACCUCAAACCCUCAGACCAGAUUUAACUGGAGUUUUACUGGAGGAAAUGACAAGAGCGGGCUUAGGGGAGAUAUUUCAGGCAAAGUGUGGAUUGAGGUUACAGCACGUUGUUAGACAUAGCAGGGGUUAUCGCUUCAAUUAGACAUCACUAUCUAAUAUUUCUCAUGUUUUACAGACUGUGUGGCCCACAUGAUUGGGUACAGCCACGCAAUUUGAAGAUAAUUCUCGGUUUUUCAUAUAGAAGUGACAAUCAUUUACAGAUUUCAGAUCUGUUGACAUAGAGAUAAUUUGAUAGGUAGGCUCAACACAAAGUUAUUAAAAAAGAGGAAAUGUUGACUGAUUACUUGAUUGAAAAGCCAUCUUUGCCAUCAUUCCACCUUUUUUUCAGGGGCGCUAACACAAAAAUGAUCAUGGGAAGGGCUUGGGACACUCAUUAUGUCUGGUCGCCAGCCUUUGCUCGCUAACUGUAUAUAAAUUAGAUUUUACACACAGCAAUUCCUUAACAGCUCUUGAGCUUAUCCCACCACCACUAUGCCAACCCAAAACAGUGCAGUGUUGUUGUUCCAGUGCGAGAUUUCACAUCCCAAAAUGCUGCUGUGGAAGUGAAAGAGGUCCAACAUGUUAACACAUUGCAGUGUUCAGAGGCAGCGCUGCUCUACCUGGGCUGAUCCUUUGUUACAUGUUGCCCCCUUGUUCUGCCUCUGCGACUACCUCCAAGGAAGGAUCAUGGGCUGAGUGGCUUUACCCACCAUUACGCCUCAGUGCUGUACACACUGCAGAAGAGGUUUAACAAGGGUGUCCAGAGUUUCAUACAUUACAAUUAAUAAAUCUACAAAUCAGUGCAUGACCUCAUCACUCUGUCUUUGGAGAGUAAUGAUGAAAAGAUCUGUAUCCCACUUACUACCAAGACAAAUGCACCUUUCCUUUCCCUUGUGCCCUAAUGUUUGUGAACUGUAUUGUACAACUCAGGUGAGCUUGGCGGGACUGAGAUGGAUCUUCUUAGUAUGUAAAUACUGAUACGCCUCAGAGCUGUUCCGGUUUUGCUGCCUGUAACAUCAGAGCUAAUAAAAGAGCUAAAAAUGCUAAUACACGCCACCUGAGGUCAUUUCUGUCCUAUCACUCAAAAGUGGAAGGCAGAGAAAUGAUGGUAGUAGCUCGAGAUGAUGUUUGUUCAUUAUUAAUGUCAGAAUUGCUCGUAUAAUCAGGAUUGGUGUAACAGAAAAACAAACCCAGAAAGAAACCCAGUUGUUAGUUUUGGUCCUUAUGUGUCCAUCUAGAUUUUGUACGGCUAUUGAGCUGUACGAUGAAUGCCAGCUCUGGUUUUCAGUAUCUGUCCAAUCUGAUGCUUUACUGCCAUGAAACGAGGAAUUCCUCAACAUACAACCUGUCAGCCCCCUCUUGACUCCAUAUUUUUGGGGCAACAAAAUAACAGCGCAGUGACUCCCAUCACUUUUUUUUUCGUCCUGUUACAUCACUGACACGUGAUGAGUCUCCCAGGACAGCGCCCUCCUGUCCUCUCCGUCUCUUCUCCUGGAGCCACGUUUAAACAAAGUAACAUUCAUACACGAGUGGGUUUCCAUGGCCACAAGGUCUCAGGAUUAUCUGAGCCACAGCCCACCAUGGUGUGAUGGGGAGGAAAAAGCCCAAAGGCGUGCACAGAUGCUCUCGUGCUACCAGUGUAGCCUUGAUGAUAGCCUCACAGGCUAACACUUCGAGACUCAACGUCUGAAACACAAAAAAAGAGGAGAAAAAAGAUUUUCUUGACAGAAAUGCUUUAGGCCUGGCUUUAAAUAGCUCUGUGCUGUUUCUGUUUCUUCUCUCUGUUUAUUGUUGGUUCGGGCCUCUGCUGCAUGGGACCAUCUUGAAUUAAGCAAAGAAUUAAGGAAAGGAAAUCACUUUCCUCAAGAAGCCUGAAGACUGACUGUUUACAUAAAGAUUACAUAAAGAUCGUGUUUGUUCUGGGAAUGAAAAUGACUUACUGAUUGUAUGCGCGGGCCGUAGGGGAGAGCAGCAGCGGCAGCAGCAGCAGCGGCAGCAGCAGCAGCUUCCCCAGCUGGCACAGUAUGACUGUCUCUGGAUCUCAUCACUAUUGUCUCUGUUUGGCCUCAGCUUCAGCCCACCUCUCUUUGUAACCUUCAGAGCCGACACACACUUUUCCCAUGAGGUCAGCAAACCUGCCUCACACACUGGCCCUGAGGAUUUCCUUUGUCAACACUUACAAUCCUCAUUAUUUCAGAUUGAAUUACCUCAAUGGCGACCAUGACAAAGCAACUGUGUUCUGAUACAGUAGGUCUCCUUCAUGGGCUACUUUCUCUGUUCCUGUUCCUGUUUGUAGGAUGUUUGUAGUUAGCGGUAUUGACCGAUCAAGUUUUAGUGGACUGAUAGUUCAUAAGGAGAGCGAAAGCAGGCAGAGGGCUCCUCACUGAGAUGACAAUGUGUUGAUGCUUUGUUUGUAUGAUGACAUUAUACUGUAGGUUUCAUAACUGGUUGGGUUGCCCAGGCUCAGGCAGUUACACAAUAGAAGAAGUAUGAUCAAUCGAAAGAAAUUCAGAUCAGUCUUGAUGUUUUCUCAAUGCUUCUCUGAUGUACACUUAAAUUUCAAUCAAGUAUUCAAGCCAACACACAGAUAUAUGAGAUCAUUUAACAUCUGUAUGUCCCAACAGUUUUAACACAGUUAAAGGUUAAAAAGUCAUUUUUAGCCACCCUGAGACCCUCUAUAAAUACCUCCACGGAAGAGCAGAAAAUCACAAGAUCAACUUAAACAACAAAUCUAGUUGACACAGUGGUACAAAAGCUCAUCGGAAGUUGGAUUUCCCAGUGACCUUAAAUGCAUCAUUUUUGGCUAACCAAAAACCUGUGAACUGUAAGCAAAUCAUAAUAAAACUGUUUUAUUUUUUGAGUCCAUAACUCUAAAGUGUCUGGGUUAUACUGUUAAACUAAGACCUACCAGUACUACAAACAGAUUAAGGAGUGCAAACCUUUGAGAUAUAGUAGACCAAGAAAAAGUUUUUAACUCCACCAGGAGAUUUCACUGAUUACCUUACUUCCAAGCAGAGAGCAGGGACUAAUCAGUGAAAUCACCUGGUGGAGGUUUGGGUUGGAAAGAAAACCUGCAGCCUCUCGGCUCUCCAUGGCACAUGGUUCCCCACCCCUGUAGUAGACCAAGAAAAAGUUUUUAACUCACAGAGUUAAAUGUAGUAUGGAAAAGCAAGUUUUGGCACUUAAAAGUUGUAUCUGUUCCUUGAGGCAUGUAUCACCUCUCAGGGUCAGAGGCUGAAAGUGAUGGCUGAUGGGUCUCAAUGUUUGCCUUCAUGCUUUCUUGUCACUCGGUGACUCCAAACUUGCGCACUUUUAGUGUGACAGUAUGAUGCUGUUUUUGCAUUUACAUUUGCAAUGGUAGUAAAUUUAAGAGAUAAGAAGUGAAGCCAAAACCAACAGAGCUUCCUCACUUUGCUUGGCUGCAGUAUAUGUCGUAAGGUUAACAAAUGGGGCAACGGUCCAACUUGAUAAUCAAAGUAAACUUCCCAUUCUUUAGGAAAAAGUACAUUUUUAAUUUGUUAUUUCAAGCUAUAAAAAGAUGUAUUACUUCAGAGCUGAAAGCUCUUUUGACAAAUGCAGCUCAUGCAGAAGUCUAGCUAAACAGGAUAGAGGAGAUACAGCAAGAAGCAAAGUUAAACACAGGAGUCUCUUUCCAUGACUGACCGCUUUGAACUAACUUAGGAAGCAGUUUGUUGUAAAGGUGUGCCACCCCAAAAGAUUUAACUAUUUGCCUAACAUGUGUUUUGUUUAGUGGAAGGUCACGUGGGUCAAUUCAGCAGUUAUUCAUCAAUCUCUGCUGAACAGAUUCUGACACACAGAAUGACUAUUGCAAAACACAUGCAGACCAUGAAUACCAUCAAAAAAAGAGCUGUCAAUAAACCCUCUCUACUCCAUGAAUUCACACAGAUCUUUCUUGGGUUUACAUCAUACAUGUUCAUUUGAUCUCUUCUUACAGACGCUGUGUGGGCCUAAACCAGGAGAGAUUUAACCAUGUCUGUACUCCAGUGUAGGCAAACGAAAGCAAAGAUGUGUGUAGUCCGAAAUAUGAUGUUGGAAAUUUCAUCAGGUUGUUGUAUAAACUGUGAGGUGGCCUGAGGGAUUUUCCUGAGGCAUUAAGCGAUUUAUGCAGCACACCACUCCCAGAAGACUCUUAAUCAGACACAUCUUUUCCUGCAUUUUUUAUUCAUUUAUUCUAUUUCUAUUUGUUAUGGUUAUGAAUACAUGCAUUUUACAAGCUGUUUACAAAAUCUAAUUUUAUGAAUAUCCCAUUCCCACACAUACAGAGUAGGCCUGACUAUAGCUCAUGUGCAGAUCCUGUGUGUGUGUGUGUGUGUGUGUGUGUGUGUGUGUGUGUGUGUGUGUGUGUGUGUGUGUGUGUAGGUCUGUUCCUGCAUUAUUAUUUUUUUUCCUCUGUCCUUUUCUUCUCCCGUUGUUAUUUUUCUCUCUCACUGAGGCUGGACGGCGUCCAGGCUGCGCUGAUGACAGUGUGAGCCUGGAUUCUGUCAUUUCUGAGAUUUGAAUACAGUGUGAAUGUGAGCAAAAUCCAAUUUUGCACAACCAGGCCUGUCAGUUGACAUGGCAAGCAUGAUUGCAUGAUUAAAGUUGCAUUGAAACAAGUGUAACCGUAGGCGAGAACAUAUUGCUGCAAAAGGGAUCUUUUUGUUUCUCAGUCAUUCAGUAUGUUUCCUUCUCUGCUUCUCCAGCCCUCAUACGCCUUUUCAAGCUUUUCUUUCCUCCCCUUUUCUGCAUCCUUUAAGUGUUUUGUAGGAAAAUUUGAUUGCUCAGUUCCGUUUACAUUCACUCACCAUCUGCUGAAUUUGGCUGCAACUGUGAAUCAAUUCUUAAUGUUGGCAGCUUUGCACUGACUUGCUGUCUCUGUUCCUUUGAGCUUCCAUUUCAUCUUUUUUUCCUGUGGUCUCUUGCAUGUUUUUGAUCUCUAAACAGUAAACAAACCACAGCCAAUCCUUGACACCUUAUAGUAGACAGCUCACAAAAUAUACUCUUGAACUACCAAUAACAAAGAGGAAGCCGGGGCUGGUUUCUGAGUGAAAAUAUAAAAAGCUGAAGAAUAAAGGUCUGCUCAUUCUUAGAGAAACUGUGUAACAUAAAGACAGGAAUUUAGUCAGUUAUCAGCUUCAUCUUUUAUAUUUGUACCGGGCUGAUCAUAAAUUAUCUCCAAUUACAAACUGGACUAACUCAGUCCAGUUGAGUAUGCAAUCAUUUGCAUUUCGUCAGAUUGGGACAGGUUGAGUCUUCAUUAAUGUAAUAGUUUAAAAUGAGCAACAUGCAACACGGUGAUAAAAAGCUUUUGUGUUAAUCCAUCUCUAUGAGAACAAGCAAACAUUCAGUAUUCAUUUUGUAGCGGGCACCUUUCAUGGAGUACUCACUUUCAUAAAAAAUGAAUACAUGAGAUUUGAAUUGUGGAUUACUUUCUUGGCUUUGGUGACAGAGGCAGCCCCGAGCUCCAGCUGUUAAGGAGCACUGUGAACGGCACUUUUUAAGUUGUGUAAUGUACCUCGGCAUUAUAGCCCUGUGUGGUGCCAGAUAUUAUAAUCAAAAAAGGCAAUUCAACAGUGAUGAGUGAUCAGGCAAUACAAUUAAAAUACAUUUAUGAUUGAUGUGAUUCAAGUUUAUACAAGAGGUCCAGUCUGAUAGAACUAGACUGAGAAGACACUCGCAGGAACCCUUAAACUUUUAACGUUAAUCUAACGUUACAUCCCUGAUCAUUCCCCAAGAAAGUCAUGAUUUAUGAUACCGUUAUCUUGUUUAAAGAUAAUGAGUUGCCAAAGGUCCUGGAAUUCCCAUUUACCCCUAUUCAUUUAGAUGGACUGCCUACACCUAAAAAAGGGCGUGGACAGUUUUGAAACACAAGCAAGUGAAGGGUUUACUCUUUCAAACUGUGCUUAAUUAUGCUGAACCAAACAAGACCAGUCCGUGGAGAAGCACCAAGCCUCUCUAGGAUAGAAACUGCCAUCUUUUGGCUUCUUAAACUGAACCAAAGCGUCAUGUCACUCAGACUGUAUCCAUGUUUUCUAGUCUUUACAAAAAAGGAAUCUGCUUGUCAGGUUAGAGGAAAAGUCAUAGGAUUACUGCAGCGAUUAGUAUUCUUUCUUUAGGCUCUCUUUACAUCUCUGAAAUGUUAUGACAACCUAAAGCAGUGGACCAGCAGGCAGAUCUAACAGGCCUUUACUGUCACAGUUUGAAUCGUGGCUAAAAUUAGGUUUAUGGAAGCGCUUUACUAUCCAUUUAUCCCCCGACUCUCACGUAUUAGUCUGUCAUUUAUCCUGACUUCGAAGUAGUUUUAUGGUGCCCUUUGUGCAGCAUUUUAAUGAAUUCACGUUGAACUCUGGAUCAACUCUCUUCUCUCAGUACUGUCCUUUGAUAAACCUUGGCCCCUCAUGCAGCUGUGGUCCUCAUUUAGCCCACUCUGCUCCUUAAGGCAGAUCGGUGGCAGUGGAGUGAUGGUGUCCGUGGAGCAGUCAAAUGAAAGUGGAUGAUGGCUGAUGAAUGCAAUGCUCUCAGACACUGACUUAUUACCCAGAUAUUAAAGCAGAGUAGCUUGGGAGAUCCUUGCCCCCCGUCAUUCAUGGCCCAGCCAGGGCUGCAUAUAAACAUGAAUGAUGUCCUGUGGAUUUGUCAAAGGAAACAGGGUCAGGGUCAGAGUCUGCUAGCGUGCCUGUACGUUUUUUGAUUGGGUGACAGCCCGCCACUGGAGGAAUCUGUGAAAGCAUCCUUGAGCAAGAUGCUUAACCUCUGUCGGUUCCCUGCAGAGGGGAGAGCAACAGAAAAACCUCUGAUAUAGAAGGAAAGAAUGUGCCACUUAGUUUUUUUUUUACAUAAACUGUAAAAUUUUACAGUAAUUUACUGUAAAUGCUCCAUCUAUAGAACAGGUAACCAUAUCCCAGAUUGUCAUUAAUCAUCUUGUGUAAAAGCAGGCAAUUAUUGGUUUGUAUAUUUCUUCUUUUCAGCAAAUUUAAAUAUUAUUGUAGUGAUUGUAGCCCAUAUUGUUUUGUCAUGUGAUCUUGUGAAUGUUAGUUAAUGACUUAAACCUAAACACUUGAAGGUCAGCACAAUGGCUAAUGAAGCUGACUUUGAUUUGGGUCUGAUUUUUUUUUAAUUCUCAUCUAAGUGUUCAAUUGAUAUUCCUAAAGGAAUGUUGCAUUUUAAACCAAACAUUACAAGAUUGAAAUAAGAGCUAUUACUGUUAAAUCAUGUGUUUAUAAAUACUUAUUUAGUGAUAUGACGGUAAAGUGAAUUUUUCUCUGACAUGUCAGCACUCAGGUAAGUGGGUUUAGGAAUAAUUGGUGAAUGAAGCCUUAUAUAAGUAUACGUUUUGGUAUCGAUUUAAAUGUUUUUUUGCAUUAUCUGUAUUGCCACCAAUAGCAGUAUCGGCUUGCAUAUCUCCUUAAGACGCAGUAUUGGUAACUGGCUAGUUUGUCAGCUUAGGCACCGAUCCAGUAGUACAAGCAUUGCUCCUAAGAAACAACAGGUCUGAGGUAAGUAACUAGGACAUUAAAACACAACAGCAACAGUGUUGUUUAUUACGAGAGUUCAAUUAUUCAAUGUUUGCAAAUCUGAACAGACAGGUGCUGUCCUGUUCCUCCACACUGAGCAGAGUGCGCUUGGUUAUGCACACACUUUAGUGAUGUUUGGCCACAUGAACAGGAACAGAUUUGUAAAGCAGUUGGAACAGACUCACUAAUUUUUAUUGUUUAGAAGAUUGAUAAGAUUAUGUUGCUAAAGAAAAUGCAGCUGAUUGGACCGGUAUCGAUAUCAAAAUUGAUAAUAUAUGGUAAGAAAUCAUGUCAUUGGUACUAAACUUAUACUCCAAGUUUCCCCUUUUCUGUAGCCGACCACAGGCGGCCAGAUUGUACCUUUAUCAACAGUGGUAUGCAGCAGUAAUAAAACACCCCAAAUUACUAUUGAUAACAUCUUUGCUUGUCAAGAUACAAGCAGUGAUAUACUGGUGGCUACUGGCCCAAUUGCUGUGGACCUGCUCGCUGCAGUCAAACUAGUAACAGUAGAGCAGGUUUAAUACCUAACACUGUGUGGUUAAAGAAAAAAUGGUACGGGAACAACCUUUUUUUAGUUCUUCCACUGUUCGGAGAUCACAUGUCUGAACUGAAUCAGUCAUGUCAACAGGAUUGCUCAGUCGCAGGUUUUUGAGCCCCCACGUCAACAGCUUCAAACCUCCCCUGAAUACAGCGUUUCUCUGCAUUGCACGUUACGGUGUUAAUGCAUGUAUAUUCAUGUCAACAUGAGCCUUCAGCACGCAGACAUCUCCCUCCUCUUUCUCCUCAUGAGCUCAGCCAAAAUCAUCAUCUCAGCGCUCAGUCACUGUGAUGGCAAGCAUGUCUCUACUUAUCUGGAGUAAACAAAUUCAACCUCAGCUGACGGUGGCAUUUGGCCUCUGUGUUUGCUGCUUUCUGGAAGCGCAUACGCAAAUGUGUGUGUGUGUGUGUGUGUGUGUGUGUGGAUGCUGCCAUAGCGGGAUGCACAAUCAUGGAGAUUUCUGAUCCUGGAGUCAGCAGCUGCUAUACAAUAAGAUGUCUGAUUUAAACAUCCAGCCGCCGCCUCCAGGCACGAGCCACAUUAGAUUAGACAAUGCUAAUUAAUUUGGGGAGGAAGUCAUGCAUGUUGCUGACUGAUUGACUCACUGUCACACCCUAAAUAGAUGUUUACAACUCAUGGCCAAUUUGACGCUAGCUACUAAAAGAUGUUAAGCUAAUAAUGUGUUCAAGGUGAAAUGUCGAGUGGUGAGAGAGGGCUGCCUUUAAAGCACAGCUGUUAAUCAGACACUUGUUGGUGUUUUUUGUGUCUUUUACGUCUUCAGGGACCUGUUUGAGAUUUUUGCUCAGUUAAUACGAUGUUUGAAGUCGUUUGUGUGUUUCGCAGAGGAAACCCUUGGGGAGUUAAGCAUGGUUGGCAGGUCUGACGACUGCUUUGGCUGGAGACAAUGAGCUUCACAGCAAAGCCAGGCUUCUGUACAGUAGCAGGCUAAUGCUCUUAUGUCCCCCUUCAUCUCUUUCCAUCCGUCUCGCUUUACCUCGCUUAACCCAUUUGUCUUUUCGCCAUGCGUCCCCAGCGUCUCUCCUCUUGGGUCAGUCCUGCCGAGCUUGGAGAGCCAUUAUUCAUGGGCAGUCAUAAAUCAACUCCCUAAUCAGCUCCUGUACACAUCAGCCGGCAGGGAGUUACCCCGAGCUCCACAAAUCAAUCUCAUCAAUGAGUGGAGGAACCGAGCGUUUUUGUGUGCGGGCAUGCGAGCAGUAAUUGACCCCUGUGUUGAAGUCAGUAAAUCUUCUGGCUCUGUAGGGGGUUGUUUCUGCUCUCCUCUGCCUAUUAGCAGUUUGUUUCACUUCACUGAAAACAAACACAACACUGUAUCGUAAUAAUCAUGUGUGCUGUGGGCUAUGAAAAACAAUCGAAGCUUGGCACAGAUGGAAAUAGAAAGUGUCAUUAAGAUUUCAUAAGGCAAAAACUGUCCAACACCAAAAAGACAAAAUAUGACAUCUUUUCUGAGCUCAGCAUGAAUUUUUCUUUUAUGUCAUAUUUUUUGUUGUAGUUACUCUGUAAAGGGGUGUGGGAGUUUAAAUCUUUAUCUUUUACAGUUCUGAUGAUAUUUGGGAGCUAUGGCAGAAAUUAUGCUAAUAAUGCUGUGUAUCUGGGGUUACGUCUCCUGUUUUUUAUAUUUCCCUGGAAUCAGAUUACUAAACCUAUUUCUCUUGGUUUGAACAUUGUUAGAAAAGUUUGGGAUAAUGUAAGUUCCAAACAUUGGUCAAACUGUUAUAUGACAUUUCUAUAUAAAAAUAUUUCAUUUAUUUUAAUGUAGUACAUGUUUUUAUUAUAGCUUCAAGGUUCAGAUGAAUAUAGAUAUAUAUGCACACACACUACAGGCCAAAAGUUUGGAGACAAGAUCAGAUUUGUACAAAAAAAGAUCAUAGUUUUAUAUAUAUAUAUAUAUAUAUAUAUAUAUAUAUAUAUAUAUAUAUAUAUAUAUAUAAUUUGCAACACAAUAAACAUGACUAUUGUGUAAAGAGUAACUUAUCAGAAGACAUUUUGACUAUAAUUAUUAGGUAUUUGAGUUAUUAUUGUUUAGACUUUGCUUUUUUUAAAGUAACCUCCUUUGGAUUUAACAACAGCUUGGCAUAUACCAGGCAUCCGUUCCACAAGUUAUUUAAGGUAUGUUCCAGGGAUUGCAUUCCAAGCUUUCUUAAGUUCAUUAGAUACUGCUGAUUCAUGGGACGCAUUGUUCUGACUGAUCGAUCCAAUUCAUCCUGCACAAGCUCAAUUGGAGAAAGGUCUGGAGACUGAGGGGACCAAACCAUCUUUUGAAGAACACCUUCCUCUUCUUUUUUGUCUAGGUAACCCUGACAGAGCUUGGCAGAGUGCUUAGAGUCAUUGUCUUGCUGCAAAACAAACUUAUGAGCCACAAGUCUGAGUCCAGAUGGAACAGCAUGGUGCUGGAGGAUGAAGUGGUACUGUUCCUUCUUCAUAAUACCCUUUACGUCAAACAAAUCUUCUACUCUAUCAAAACAUCCCCAUACCAUGGAACUACCACCUCCAUGCUGAAUUGUGGGUGUAACACAUGAUGCUUUCAGACGUUCACCAGUUUGUCUGCAGACAUAGACUCUGUGUUUUGAACCAAACAGUGCAAACUUGUUUCUAGUCAUCAUAAGUCAAAUUUUUGUGAGCUUUUGCCCUCUCAUAUCUCUUUUUCUUGUUCUGUGGACGAAGUAGUGUUUUUUUGCAGAUACACAACCCUUCAGACCAGCCUUUCUCAAACGUCUUUUCACGGUUGUCAGAGAUAUGGGUUUCGACCUUGUCAUGUUGAUUUCCUCCCUUAUUUGUGGUGCUGACUUUCGCCGACCUCUCUUACUGGUGACAAUGCUCUGUGUAUCCUCUGCUUUUGUAGUAACUCUCUUUCGUCCAGGUCUUUUUCUAUCAUCAUAACUUCCAGGUUCCUCUUGUCUCUUCAGAGUGUAGUGGACUCCUUUGUUAAAAAACUUGAGGUGUUUUGCAAUUUCUCUUUCUGUGUAUCCUUCUCUCCUGAAUGUACAAAUCUGUACUUUUGUUUCUUUACUCAGUUGCUUCUUUUAGCCAUUUUUGCGGUAGUUUGAACGCAGUUGAGAUUUAUUAGGAUUUUUGCAUGCGGACUUUCAAAAGCCAAAAAGUUGAAGUGAAUAAUCCAACUGUGAUUUGUUUUUUGUUUUUUUUGGUUUUGCACUGAAGUUGUGACUGGCAAACAGGAAACACUUUCAAAGUCCAAAAUGUAAAAAAAUAUAUGACAAAACUAUCGUCACUGUCUGAUUGUCUACAAAUUUGGGAUUGGUUAAGGCAACAUGUUGAUGAAUACAUUUACCUGAGGGUUCAUAAGAAAACUUUAUAUCUUACUUGUAUCUUCCAGGUUUCUUUAAAAGCAUUAUUACAGGGGUGUGUCAAGAGGAGCGACCAGGGGUGGCAUGAGACCUCUUGACUUUACUUGGCCACCCUGAAAAAAACUAAACUCUGGUUGGAUAUUUUCCCUGUCCUUGGCAAAUAGAUGUUAAAAACAUCAGUUUGGUCUGUGUUGCAACAGGCAAGUCGACUGUUGACGGUAAAAAUAUCUGAAGGAAUAUCACAUUUAGUAUAUUACAUUAAAUACAUGUUUGUGUAAACUCACAUACUUAGAGCCACAGUCUGGACAUAUCCCUGUAUACCUCAAAUAAUUUGUCUUUAGUUAUAUAUACAGCUAGCAGUCACAGAAUCUGGAAUAAAAACUGUAUAUAAUGACCGACAACAGGUCCCCUUCAGUUCAUUGUCAACUGUCUUUCCUUUGUUACCCUGUAAUACUUUUAUUCUUUCUCAAUAUGAUGUUGUGAGGCAAAGAGGGGUUUACCCCAGAAAAGGGGGUUCAAUUUUUGGCCAGGACCAUUCCUUCAAAAGGGAGAGAGAAAAAAAGAGAAAAAUGUAUGCACACUGCAUCUUCUCUGGUUGAGGUAUAAAAAUAUUUGGAGCUUGAGGCAAACCCUCAGAGCGAUACACCUGUGUCAUGUCUCUGUUUGGCAGCCAUUAUCUCCUCUCUGAGUGCUUCUUAUUGGCUGCCUUGGGAAGUCUAAACAGAGCUUUCUCCAUAAACACACUCCUCUAGAACAAAGCUGCACCUCCCGGCCUGUGAGACGGGACGUCAUAAAAGUGGUACUUUAGUUAUCUGUUUACAGUGACUGCAUGCAUCUGGAGCAGAGGUCUCCAAAGAGCUGUUAAAUGUGUUUCUCUGAAUCACAUCCCACACACACUUUUUGAACUUUGAACAAACAAAAGUUCAAACUUCAAAGCUUCUGCAAUUAUUCCAGUGCUGCAAAACCCAUCCUCACAAUCAUGUUAUAAACAUAAAAACAUGUGGGAAACAUACCGGCUAAGUAGCUCAUUAGCUUGGUAAUGAAUUAGCCACAGGCUGGUUGGCCUGACAACUUGGUGUUAAUCAACCCCUUCCCUCUGUCCCAUGUCACCCCCUUAUCCAAAUAUGGUCUCUUCUGACGGCUACAUUGCCAACCCUGAGGCCUCGACGGUAGCAAUUGUCCAUAGAUUAAACAGUAUGAAGUUUGACAUUCGCAGCCAACAAUUAAAACUCUUAUAUUGUGGGAAAUGCUAGUUCGUUUAUUCCUGAUGUAGUGACAUAUUCAAAAUGUUUCAUAGCAGAGGCAGCCAUCUUUGUUGUUAAAGAACCUGCUCCAGAGACCUGUUCAUGCACAGUCAUUAGAAUAAAUCCAAUAUUACAUACACGAUGGAUGUCAAGGCUGGUUAAAUCUACCUGAACAUAGAAAUAAGUCAAGUGUGUCAUUGUCCCCGGGUUGAUGAUAUUUAAAUUAGAAUUGUAUUAUACAGUCCCAUAUUCUCUGAAGCAGUCAAGUUCAAUUCUUAAUCCCAAAUCUGAUUUUCAGCUUGAGUCAUGGUUUCAUGGUGUAGAUGGUUUCUAGCUCAUAUGCAUCAUACUGUACAUACAUGACCUCCAACUCUAAUGAGCCAUCAUUAUUAUCCAGUGGCGCGAUGUGCUGUUUGUGAUGUGUAAAGAGUGAGUCUAUGUCCUUAUGGCUGAGGGUGAGGAGCAGGAGGAAGAGGAGAUUUUUGGGAGAGGGGGAUGGGGAUGAAGAACAGUAACAGGGACAGAACGAGAGAAGGUUAGCAGAAGGGUGAGGGCAUGUUGGGAUUUAUGGGGGCGGGUAGCGAGGGCUCACGGGGGAGGAAGGAGGGGGAUGGUGAGGACUGGGAGGAUACUAGUGUGCCUCGUCCUCCCUCCCCAUCCCUCCCAGCCUCUUUGAGAUAUUAUAAUACUUCCAUAGUGUGUGUGUUGGCUCGUGAGCAAGCUCCAUUUUCUGCCCUUGGUGCCAGACUAUGAAUGGGCACGUUGCAUGCAAGCUCUGUAUUUCUGCCAUGUGCUGAAACAGGCAGCUCCAUUCAUGCACUCUCCGAUUUUGUCUCAUUAGACUGUGGGCGCCAUGCAUGUGGAGUUUCAUUUAUGUGUGUUAGUGUGCACAUGCAUGCCUGUUUGUUUCUAUAGUGUGAGAAUUGAUUGCAUCGCUUGCAGGGUUUUUUUGCAUGUAACAUAUGUGUGCAUCAGGCGAAGGCUGACAUCUGUAUCAGGGUUUUUUUCCUGUGUAAUGAACAAAGGACAACAAAGGGUAAGAUCUCACAUCAGGGUAGGAGGGAGAGAGAGAGAGGGAUGGAGGGGAUGAACUACUCCAUCCAUAAUCAGUCAAAAUAUUCCCACCCUUAAGCCAGUUGUGAAAUCGACACAUGCUCGAUGACCACAGGAUCUUCUGCUUCAAAUGGUGCGCUCCUUGUUUUGGAAAGCCAACUCAGAACCCUUGACCUGUGAGCGUACCCUUUGUUUUCACUUCAUAGUACACAUGUUGAAUGAAACGUGCAGAGGGCAAAUGAGUGUGUUUGAAACGCUCUAUCAGCGUUUCCCUCUGAGUCAUCUCACAUCACCAUUCUGCUCUUUGUAUCUAUCAGUCUUUCAGACAGCAGAAUGGCCCCUACAGUGUGGACCGGGGCUGAAAGCUGCAGCUGCUGCACACACGGAGCAGAGGCAAGGGACAGCACUCCCACUGCUCCUUUACACACACAUACACACAACACACACACACACAGAAAGAGAGAGGGGGGAGAGCUGCUCCUCCCUGUUUGUCUGAUGUUUUGCUUUGCUUUAAUAGCAAGACUGAUGCCAUUUAAAUCUUUCGCUUCAAUUCACUCGAUGCAAAUCCAGCUGCAUAAAUGGGUUAGCAAAGUCCUUUACUGACACUCAGGCGAGGACACUGAAUGCAGCAGGCCUUCACGGCCACAACAGAUUCAUUUAUUCUACUGUCAGAUCCUUUACUGAUACAUUUAGCAAACUGAGAAGAUCAGCACAAAGAUGCAGGGUCGGAGGGACUGCUAAAAUCUGAUGUUAUUCCAGGCAGCAAUUUUCACUCUGAGGAAUUCUGAUUAACAGAUAAACACAUUAUAUUAAAGCUAGCAUCAGCUCACGAGCAGGGACUGGUGUGACAGUGAGUGUUCGAAGUUUGAGGUUUAGCUUUCAUAAAUAAAUUUCAGGGAGAGAAGUUGAAGUUGUUGGUCUAUUGUAGACCUUUUCUGUACCUUAACUUUGAAAUAUAAUAUAUCACUGAAUUUCCCUUUGGGCAUCAGGAAAGUUCUUCGUAUCUUUUCUUAAUCAAACUAUGAAUUGGAAGUAAAAGUUAAAUGAAUUUGUCUGUGUGGUUAUCCCCUUAUAAUUUUGAGUGUACAAUUUUAAUAUCUAAACAAAAAACAAGUCUGGACACCCACUCUCUUGUUCCUUACAUACUCUGUAAUGUCAUAUCUCCACUAGGGAUGAAGUUAAACUUAGAAAUCAACCUAAAAUGUACAUCCACAAUUAUGAAGUGAUCAAUCAAACCUUAUUUUUAUUUUUUAAGUGCUGUCCAUUCAAGCAGGAUAUUAAAAACAAUGAAAAAAAUUAAUAAAAAUACAAAUACCAAACCCUACCCACCCUCCCAACCCCCAUUCAACAUAUACAGCACUAACAGGCUCACACAGAGAGAUGCACACACAAAAAAAUCAGGUGAGGACUCUUUAACUUGCCACGGAUGACAGCGGAAAUAAAGAGCAAACACUGGAUCUAGGACUAAAGCAAUAAAACUGAUAAAAUAAAUUAAAGGUGACAAAGCAUUAAAAAUAAUUUAAAUAAAACAGUCUUAAAAUCAAACAAUAACAGAAAUUAAAUUAAUAAAGGGGCAAUAAAACACAAAAUAAUAACUCUGGGACUAAAAUAGGUUGAAUCACAUAAAGCAGAUUAAAAGAUUAAAACCAAAUUUAAAAAUUGAUGAUUAUUUUAGUGAUAAAUAUAAAAAAUGAUUAGGGUUGUGAGUGCUUUUGUCAUGUUGGAGGGAGCACUUUUCAGCAUUAACUCAGCAAAAAUGCAAACAAGCAUGCAGCCACUCCAAAUGUGCAAUCACACAAAUAGUCACCAGCAUACUGCAAAGUCCCAUUCACCAAGGUACAGUACAUGAGGAUAAUUUUGGAACCAGCUGUGGAAUAAAAACAUAUUGGGGAUGUUAUUUUAAGAAAACUUUCUCUCCUUCAGCCGUCUUCCUUUUGCCCGGAUUUUCGGCUCCUGCAGUAUUAGAGAUAAACUGCGGUAGACGAAGUCAUCCCUAAUCCUGCAUGUACUGCAUGGCCCUCACCUACGAAAACUCAUCAAGGUGAAAGUGCUGUAUGAUUUGUUGGAUAUUAUUAGCAUGGUAAUAGGGUCUUAGAAGACACGGAAUGAGAGGGAGCGGCACACACUGUGCAUCCAGGUGUGUGAUAUUUAGCAGAAGCAGUCGCCUCCGGAAAAGAUCUGUCAGACGAAUGAACACACAUGGUAAUGAACGACUGGCCACUUCCCUGGAGAACAUAAGAAUAUGAAUAAGAGUGACACACAUGUGCAGUAUAAUUCAAAUUCAUACAUACAGAGCUUUAAACCAACAUACAAACACACACACACACCCAUUGCUCUUGCUCUCUUGCCACCAAAGGCAUAGGUGCUGUGCACAUGCACAUACGUAUGUAAACACACACACACAUCCAAAUGUCUAGUAUGCUCCAUCUUUGCCUGGAGACACAGCAAGAAACAUCUAAUCCUGAGUCAUUUUCAGUCUGACUCACACAUAUAUACACACUAACAAACACACACACACAUAUGUAUGUACAUAUACUGACACAACCAUGAGGCAGCUAGUUCCCUCAGGCAUUUCUGCCCUUUAACUAUGUUACAGGGGGAGAUUUAAUUUCUAAUCAUUUAUUUUUUCUUUAAUGCAUUAACACUAUCUUCAUUUACACUUAAAGCCCCGGACCCCUAUUUCCUCCCUUCACCACCGUCCCCCCUCCAUCUCCUUCUCCUCCCACUAAUGAGUUUCAAAAGUGUGCAGGUGAACCUGAGCCUGAGGAGGUAGCUGAUAGCUGUGCUUCCACGUGUGUUCAUCCCAGCAUGCAUGAUUGCAGAGGAUAACGUACACAUGCUUACAGAGCUGCACGAGCCUGCAUUCACCUCAGGUUAACUCAUCUCCUCUCCUCUAAUUAGAGAUGAGAAUCUGAAGGCUGAUGAGACUUUGUUAGAAAAGACUUCUUUUGCCUGGACAUGUGAUGAAGAUGAGCACCGCUUUGCCAGCUCAAAAACAUUCUUAGUUUUCAGGGUUUUUAACAGAACUUUAUUUUAUGGGUUUCUAAAGAAAUGAAAAGAAAUAAUGCACAAAAACACCGAACCAUAUAUUAUAAUGCCUUUAUCAGAGACCCUCAAAGCGCUUUACAUUGGAUACAUCAUUCAUUCGCUCACACAGUCACACUUUGGUGGUGGUGGAAACGUGGCUGCCAUUCUGUGCCUACGGCCUCUCCGACCACCACCACACAACACUCACAAUCAUACACCAGUGGAGGACACACACUGGGAGCAAGGUGGGUUAAGUGUCUUGCCCAAGGACACAACGGACAGACUUGGAUUAGGGGGAAUCGAAUCGCCAACCUUCCGGUCAUUGGACGACCGCUCUACCUCCUGAGCUACUGCCGCCUCUAAUACACAUAAUAAUACACAAAAACACCGAACCAUAUAUUAUAAUGCCUAUAAUAGACCAUAAUGUGAUACAGUAUGAUAUCAAGCAGAACAAUACAGGGAUAGAGUAGGAUACAAAAUAAAUAAUAAUAUCAUACAAUAUGAUAACAAUUGAUGUGAUACAUUAGGAUGAGAUAAAAUCAGGUACCAUAUGAAGUGAUGAAAUGUAAUGUCAUGACAUUGGUUCAUUGGACAUUGGUCAUGACAGUGAUACAACAAGGUGAUAUUAUUCAACAUGAUAAGAGAGAAUUUGACACUGUAUAAAACCCAAAAAUAUAAUAUUGUAUUAUAUGAUACAAGAUGAUACCAUACCAGAUGAAUUAAUAUAAGAUGACACAGUACAAUGGGAUGUGAUGGGAUACAAUACCAGAUGAAACAACACAAUCCAAGACGAUAUGAUACUAGAUGACACAAUUUGAUACACUGGUAUAUUGUACAAGGUGAUACAAUACUAAAUGAUACAAUAUGUAAUGAGGGGAUAUGAGAGGAUAUAAGGUGAUACUAUAUGUUAUGAGAUAAUACGAUGAAGAGAGAUGAUACAAUACAAAACGAUGCGAUAAGAUUAUACAAUAUGAGUUGAUAUUAUAUGGUAUGAGAUGAGACUAAAAGAGAUGAUACAAAAUUAUUCAAGAUGAUACGAUACAAGAUAAAAUGUUAUGAUACCAGCUGAUACAAUACUAAAUGAAACAGUAUGAGAUGAAACGAUAUGAGAUUAAUUUCAUAUUUCUGUUUGAAUUGUCAGUUUUUCUUUGUUUUUGUUUUUACACCUUGCUGAAUAAUAUUUUGCUUAUAAAACAAAAAAUACAAACACAAGUACAAAACCAAAGGCCUAAAUCACACAAAAUUUAACUGUAAAACGUUUUUUUUUUUUAAAUAUCAAGAAGUGUAAGAAACAGAGCUGUUGCAGAUAUAUAUAUACUGACAUGAAAUUGUCCCUGUUUUCCUGUUUUAUUUUCAUUUGAAGUUUAAAACUAGCUGUACAUAUGAGAAUCAAACUUUAAGGUGGGACAUCUAUAUUUCAAAAAGUAGUCAUAGUAGUAAUAGUGGUCUAAAAAUAUUUAUGACAUAUUUAGGAAAAGUCCCACACCAGCAUAACAUGAUAUGUAUACAUUUGAAGUAAUGCUGUUGGUAAAGAUGCAUCAUAUUUAAAGGGCCCCAGAUUAGAGCAACACAGUGAAGAAAUGAGAGUAGCAUUUCAUAUAUGCUUCAUGGUAAAUAACCUUUAUUAUCAACAAAGAAACGCCCAUGUCCCAGCAGCCUAAUCCAAAGCUGAGCUAUAACUUCUUGAGAUACUGUUUAUACGACAGGGGUGUUACGGUCGGCACAUAAAAUUUUAUCUUUUAAAGUCUUUCGGUUUUAAUAGUUUAUAAAUAAAAUGAAAAGACGUAGCUGUAUGAAAAAGUACAGAUCAAAGAUGUACCAAUAACAUGAGUAUGUAAAGGACACAGCACAUAUGUGAGCUUCUAAAGCUCCAGGCUUCCUGAGCCCCUCUGUUAUUUGUUCCUAUGAUGGUUUAAACAUGCUGCAGAGUAUGAUAACGAAUAUAUACAGAGGGAUGUUUACUUUGCACAUAAACACAGAAGGGCACCCAGUGUCAAACUGUGGGCUAGUUAAUCUGCAGUCAUAUGAUCUACUGUUGGGCUGUACCGUCCUAUUUACAGUACAGUGGGUUAUCUUUUCAUCAUUAAUUUUCUGUUUAAUGGUCAAUUUCUUCUACAGAAGUGUGUGUCUAAAAAAACAGGAAUCUCUCUCUGUCUUUGCAAUCAAUUCUGUAAACUGCGUAACAUAGUUUGUUGCUUUGUUUAGUAUUGUGUAACUCUAUUUAUAGUGUGAUUUGUUUGUGGUAUCUGUGCUAUAUUUGGUCCCUACAUCCAUCCGACCAACCAGUCAGGAUCUACAUAUGCAAACUAAUGUGAACGUCUCUGUUGACAUACUACCAAAUACAGCAGGUCAGCAAAUUCUGCAGAAGGAAAUAGUUAAUAGCAGUAUAGCUUGAAAACAUGGUAUAUGUGCAUAUCUAAGCAUAAGGCUUAGUUUUCUUUGCUUUCUACUGCAGCCUCAGAGCCAUAAUAAUGAUGUUUUUGUCCAUUAUAUAGAGGCUGGAAAGUCUCAAAUAAAGCCGGCAGGACUCUGAGUCCCAACACUGAGACUGUUAAUCACCCACAAAUAACACGAAGUGUUACAUAAUAGUCCAGCUACAGGUGUCAAACAGUGUACAAGCUUGUUCUGAAAGUCUGCAGGUUUCCGUUUCAGCUAGACACUAAACACUGAACACUGCAGGUAAUCACUGAAAUAAACAUAAAUUUGUCCUGUCCUGGCCAAAGCAAUAAUCAGUAGCUGUUAUAAAACACAAGACAGGUUAUUUUAAUAUCUACAAACGGGUAAAAAAAACCUUUUACCGACGUUUUCUUGGGCAAAAGUCCUUCUGUCAAAAUGCAUCUGAAGAGUUAAUGCUGUUGGAUAAAACUUUAUUUUCUUGUAUUUGUGCCUUUUUGGCUCAUGUCAAGAUCACUGUGCUUUUAAGGUUUACAGUUUGCUGCACUUGCUUAAUGAUACAUGUGUACAGGAGGUCUGCCAUGCAUCUCUGCCAUCUGACUGGCUCUGCAUAGACUUAAAUAUUAACUUAGUGAGAAAGCAAGAUGCAGCAUCUUUGAAUGAGAGGAGCAGUGUAGGCAAAGGAAAUUGGACUGUGUCAACACAGCAGCAAGGACAAGAAUGGCAGAAAGGUUUUAAGACAAGCUGAUAGACCUCUGCGAUUACCCACAUCUGUAUGAUGUGUCAGUGCCAGUUUGCAGCCUGCUGAAAGAGCUGGUGAGAGGUUUAAGAAGUUGACGUAGAAACUUGCUAUUCACGUACAGUAUGUGCACAGUUAAUUCCAUGAUGCAGGUAAUUGUACACUAGGUUAACUAUCAGGUAUAGCUAUGGCCUUAUUAUAGCAAUAAGCAUAGAACAUUUCAGGAGGGAAAAACCCUCUAUGCAUAUGACCUCUGCUUUCCCUGGUAGACCUCUCCCACCAAAGUGUACGCCAAACACAGACGCCAAACAUUGUUAAGCAAACUGCCCGUCUUACCAAGCUAGUCUUGUUAGCCACUUUAAAAAAAUCAGUAACAUGAGUCAAAAAAGCCAACGUAUAAAGUAACAUUUAAAUACUUGACCUCAUUCCUUCAUCUAAACAAACAUGAGCUGUAACGCAACAGUUGAUGAAUGAACCUUUCUAACCCUGCGGUGCGUUCACUGACUAUCGUGUUUGCUGAAGCUGUGGUUUUGAAAGCACUGUAUAAAAAGUCCUUAUAGAUAAGAGAAACUGAGAGGUGUGAGGAAGUGACCUCCUGACCUGAUGACAGUAAAUAUUAUCAGUACUUUCAACAAGCUAAAUGGGAGCUCCUUAUCUGAACCCAGACACCAAAUCAGCCUCUCCUGUUGGGUUUUUCUGACAUAAACAACACAAUUAUGAUAUCCUGAAUCCCUGUUUCAUGACUUUCAAACAUGAAAUGAAUCACUGAGUUGUUUUUAUGGCUUUAUCAUGCUAUAAACACUCUCCUCACUGUUUAUCCUGACCUGUCUCUUUGACUGCAUCCCAAAGCCACAUAGUUUUAAAAAGGAGACGCAGAGGCACCGACUCUCUUACAGUCUCUGUAAAACUAUAACUUUAUGCCUGUAGUCAUUUUAAUGUUUAUACCUCACACGCAGUUUACAGUAACAGUUUCCCUGUGACUCUGUAUGUAAAAUAUGCAGGAAGGGUGAAGAGGUUCAGUAAGUGUGCGACGACAUCAGAGCUGGUAGGAGACAGGAUGACAGUAAAGACCCAUAAAAUUUGAGAAUUUCCCAGUUUGGGAUCAAUAAAGUAUAUUUAUCUAUCUAUCUAAAACUUUGUUUUUACUGUUUCAGUGUUACAUACGUAUGAACUGUAGGUAAAAUUUACAGCCAAAAUUACCAAAUCGAGUAAAUUUAUAUUCAAAACCGAUUGGUUUUAUUUGUUCGAGCUCAGUCCUCUUAGAUUUAUUUUUCUUUCUAUCCACACAUGUUCUGAUGCUGAAGGUUGAUGAAGACUGUUUCUUCAUUCCCUGUCCCCAGCUUUCCACAAAUAUCUCUGCCUCCCACUGCCUGAGGCUUUAUAAUCAUUAACAACAACCCAUCAGUCUACUACUGGAAAGAGAUAAUGGCUCCAGUGGAACCAUUUAUAAAAAAAAGCCAAAUCUGCCACUCAAGCCUCUUCUUAAGAGCGCUUUGAUGUUUACAAGGACGAUACACUGUCAAAUGAGCCAAAUUAGUUUGGUUUAUGCAGACAGGCUAAGGGAUUAUGGGAGUUAAGCAACCCUCAAUCUCCUCAAUCCAUCUAUGAGCAGUCUGUCUUAUGCAUAUACAUAGCUUUUGAAGGAUGCUUAUACUGUAUGUGCUCUGAAGAUGUACAACACUGAAAUGUUGAUGAGUCUGCAGACAUGUAUGUAUUUAAAUGUAUUCUGUGUGAAAUACAUCCAAAGAUUGUAUGUUGCAUUGGGCAUGUUGCAUCAACUUUUCCAUGAGCAGUGUUUUUUGACCUUUUGAACUUUGACUCAGGUUGCAUUUAAAGAGUAUAGCUCCACUUUUCAUGAGAAAACACCAAGACAAAGGCAAAGGCACCCGUAAAUGAGAAAUGAUGAUAUAAAGUCAGUAACUAAUAGAGAUAAAAAAGAGGAGACAUGAGCUCUGUCAUCCUCCAAUGGUCGUCUGAGCUUAUAGCAGCUUGACCAGGGCUUGGACCUGGGUCAGCCCUAAAUAUAAGCUUUAUUAAAAGGAAACUUUGUGACUACUUUUAAAGGUGGAGAGGGUUUCUGCCUCCAAGAAUAGGAAGAUGUUUCCACAGGAGAGUGGCCUGAUAACUAAAAUUCUGGCCUCCCAUACUGCUGCUCCUGGAGACUUAAGGUACCAAAACUAGGCAUGCAGUCUCAGAACAUCAAGUCCUUGGGGGUGACUGGGCUCUAUAAGCUUGUACAGAUAUGACAGGGCCUGACUGUUAUGAGCUUUGUGAGGAUAAUUUUAAACUCUGCUCUAGAUUUUAAAGUGAGCUAGUUCAGUUCAAAAGCUGAAAAAAUAUGAAAAACAUGUAUUUUCCAGCUGUUGUCAGUAGUUAACCAAGUCCUCAGAGAUAUUAAGAAGUGCCUGAUGUUUCAUAUUAAUAGUGUUAAGAAAGAUAAGGUAAGGAUAAAGAAGUAUACAUUAGGAAUGCACAUUCAGCCAAAAUUACUAAAAGGUAUUAUUACUUCUUGCUAAGUUUUGACAACCAGGAGAAGCUCAAAAACAUUUGACAUUUGUCAAAUAGACUGAAAUUCAUACUGAUGCCUUAACAUGAUAUCCAAAAGAAAACAAGGCCAGCAGGGAGAAGACUGACCAUAUUUAUAUCACUAUUUUGAAGCAGCUGAAGGAACAGUCCUGUUUGGAAAAUUUUAACAAAAAGGAACUCUGAACUAGAUUUCUUUUAAUGACAUGGAACAGCAUUUACAUGAGCAAAUAUAAUACACUAUGUCAGAUUAAAACUCUUUAGUUGACACAUUUUAGGCCUAACUUUAAAUACCAUCAUGAUUAGCCCUCGUGUGUCUAUUUUUUUAGGAUAUGUUGUUAGAGUACUGUUACAGUGUGAGAAUACAAAAUACUGAAACGUCUCUGAUUAGAGGUUUUUUAUUGCCUGUAUUUUAUUUGGAGAUGUGAACUACAGAUCCCAUCAGCCAGAGUGUCAUCUGAGAUCCACAGCUGGAAACAACAAGUUAACAUGCUGCACAUCCUGUAUGUUACAUGUUCUCAUCACCGCUGAGUGAUGAUUGUGUUGUUACCCUUCUGAGGUGAAAUCCAGAUCUUAUUUGGGGACCUCCACCCCUGCAGAUGAAUGCUCUCCCUUUUAGCUUAAACCCCCCUGUGUACCGACAAGCAGUGACAGUAACAGAGAGGUGUUCAACUUUAUGUCAGCACAAAAUGAAAGUCAUAAAUCAUCCCUCCCACAGUGCCGGCUGAGUCUGCAAAAAUGACCUCUGCUGAGGCAUAAACAAGCACAUACAGUGAGGAAAAAAGUGACUCACGAAGCGAUUUAGUGUUUAUUAAUCAACAGUUAGAAUUUGAACACAGAGCUGGACAGGAGAUUUUUCACUCAGCUGUCAAACCGCCACAAAGUGAACGCUCUUAAGUGUGAUUAAUAUUUGAAUAGCUACCAUCAUUUCCCCUCAGUACUUUUGUUAUAGCUAAAUUCGAGCACUUACUGUUUGGGAUAAAUGGUUUUAUUUUCAACCAUCAGCAGUAGCAGCAAAGUCAUCAUCACAUCUAGUGCUGUUUAAUGUCUAUAAAAAAAAUCAGUAUGACUAAAGAAAGUGAUUCAUGAAACUCCUCACAUCAAAAGGGGGAAAAGAACAUCAAAUUAUUCAAGGUUAUUACAAAACUGACACAUCCAGAAGCAUGCAUUUCACUGCUUUGGGACUUCUCAAAAGGACGGGCCAAAUUGCAAUGGAUGUACACUAAAGAGAAACAUAGUUCACAGAAGCGCUGGACUUUGAGUGACAUGAUAUAAAUCAGAAGAGGAUUUACACCCUCUGAUUUCUCAGCCUGGGAUCUGUGAAAUUUGGUGAUAGCAACUGGUUGGCUCUGAAGACGCAGAUAAGAAAAGAGGGCUGAGAUAGCGUGCAGUCCUAAUUUCAGCAGCCAGCGCUGGUGACUGGAUUUGGACAAUAUCAAACGGUCAUCUUUUAUUGUUCUUGGAGUCGAAUGAUUAUGACUAUGUAAGAGCAUUAGAGAGUGGAGCAGAGUGAUGGAGGGAGAAGGGCAUACUGAGGCUGAAAGUGAUGAGGAGGAUUAGAGUUAUGUGUCUGCGUUUCUGCAGGAAGAAGCCACAGUAUGUACGCUCGACAUUAAACAGAGUUCAUGGAGUUCUCUUAUGGCGUUUCUAACAACUUUCUAGUUCGCUAAUUUUACUUUUUCAGAGGUGGCUCUUUUCCACCCCCUUAAAGACCCCAAUUUAUUGGCAGCCAUAAUGCAUAACAUGUUGGGCAUCAAUUAUUAGGACUGUGUUAUGAAAGCCACUGCCUGUGGUCAGAACCACAUUGUCCCUUUAGCCCAACAGACACAGGGAUUUUAAGGACACAUUUGAAUUUAAAAUGAUGCCUUAUCAAUUUUUUUACAUCAGGUUACCACAUAAAAGCUAAACUAUCAGUGAAGACAGUUAAUAAUUCUAUUAAACAGACAGAAAUGCUUAAAAGGGUAUGAAAUUUGGCAAAUUCACAACUCCAGUAUGCUACAAUCUUUAUUUAAUUAAAAAGUACUGGGUGCAAAAGAAGCUUGUUUAUUAUUGUCAAAUAAACACUUUGCGCCUUAUCUACUAAAGGUUUUUGUCUAUAAAAACACACGCAAACUUGAUAGCAUGGGCAAAGCUGAUCUACUGGAGGAUUGUGUCUGUCAAAUGAACAAAAUACCAUGUGUAAUCCUUUUAGCGUGUUUGCCUUCAUGAAUUUGCAGAAUGUAUGCAGAUAAUCAGAACAUGCAAAAUACUGGGAGAAGGAGAUGCAAAUGGAAUCAUUUAGCACCCACAAUAUGGUUUAUCAUACCAAUUGCAGUCUGUGUUUUUCCGUCUUUAUUUAGCAUGUUUAAAAGUCAGGUGCAAACUGACGCAGUGGUACGCUGCGGUCAUUGUGGUGAGAAGGAGGCAAAAGUGCGAUGAUAGAUGACGACGAAUAAGUAGAGACAUAUCAUCUAUCCAGCAAUGCCAUUUUUGAGCUGCUGGGUGACCAAGGGCUGAUUUGGAGCCUGUCACAAAAAUGAUCCAUGCCAUAUCUCCCAUUGAAAAUAUCUUUGUAACGCUGCACUUUCCUGCAUCUGGAUGACUCCGACGCACCAUCACAGUUAGUGCGUCUCCCAGAGUAGUUUUUCUGGUGUGCUGUUUAAAGUGUUGAAUGCCAUGUCAUGCAGGAUGGGUAAGUAUAUCCAGUCCCCACGCACUCAGGAUGCAGUAAAUGACACAAAACACAGCUUUUAUGCAGUUGCUGGCUUCCACACAAUGACAGGUUGAACUCCAUGGCCUCAAACUUCCCUUUUCGUUUAUGGCCACCCUGCCCUCUCAGCUGGUAGCACAGGCAAAUCUUCAUUUAAAUAGGUUGGUCCGCACUACUUUCUUACCUGUUAUCAAUUUCGUAUGCAGUCAUAGUCGAUCAACUGCAAGACGCCCACUAACAGCACUAAUAUUAUCAUAGGAUUUGGUUUUGUCAUAUGCAAAUUCUGUCGUUCAAUGACAAAAGCAUUGUCAACUAGAAAAGCACUCAGAGAGCGCAGACCUCCGCCAAGCAGCUCAUGUCCCCCCUUAUAUUGUGAUUCACACCAAAACUUUUACUGUUACGUGUCUUUUAUUAACUUUUAUUUGUGUUUGAACUGGUAUGUUCACUGUUCAUAAUGUUCCUAAAAUAAGAAAUGCCAUGACCCGGAUUCGAACCUAGGACCUUCUUGCUGUGAGGCGACAGUGCUAACCACUACACCACUGUGCUGCCCAUCUAUGCCACUGUGCCGCCCAUUGGUUUUCUUUCAGCAUUGAAAAUUCCAAUGGAAUUGCAACCAAUGGAUGGCACAGAUAAAGAAUCCUUCAAAAAAUUCCUGGAUCCAGAAGGUGAUCCGGAUCACCACCAAAAUGUAAUGGGAUCCUCCUGGGGCUGAGACUGGUGAAAAUUUCAGGUCAAUCCGUCUGUUACUUUUUCUGUAAAGUUGCUAACAGACAAACAAACUCACAAACAAACAAACCAACACUACCAAAAACAUAACCUCCUUGGCGGAGGUAACAACCAACAGUAGUGCACUUGCCAGCACCAACAGGGAGCUGUGAAGUAGCAAAACAAACAUGACAAUGAGUUAGCCCUUGUGUAACCCUUAGAUUUACAUCCUUUCUUAACACUCAGUGGCUAAAAACAGCCACUGACAUUGACUGCUGUAAAAACAUAUUGGAUUCAUAUUUUUUCCAGAUUUUUUUUUCGUAUAUCUCUUAAUUAACUUCUGCUCUAUUUAAAACUAGUAAAUGUUUCAUUAAGAAUCCAAAUUUUAACCCUUUAAGGACCCAUUUAAAACAUAAAGUCACUAAUAUUGGGAAGAAAUGGGAGGAAAAUGACUGAUUUUUAUUAGAUUCAUUUCCUACCAUAUCAGUGACAUCAUGUUUUGAAUGGACCCUCAAAGGGUUAAAAAAAUGAUUUUAGAUGAAACAUUUACUAGUUUUGAUCAAAGCAGAAGUUAAUUGAGAGAUAUAUGAAAAAAAAUGGAAAAAAAUAUUAACCCAAUAUGUUUUUACAGCAGUCAAAGUUAGUGGGUUUUUUUAGCCACUGAGCAUUAACAAUGGUUGAAAAUUUGCCCAGCGCGUAUUUUUGACCUGGUGAAAUUUUGAAGUCAUAUUCUCAAAGUGUCCAUCAAUAUAAGCAUCUGCACAAAAAAAUCAUCCCAUUUGCUGCAGUAAAAGAAAAGUUAUGUAGUCAAAAAUUAGUGGCUAAAUUUUGCCCCUAGUGGCUGAUUUUAGCCACAGCGUUACACAAGGGUAGGAACAUAUUUGAAAAAGAGGAGGACUCGGUGGGGUUAUGGGGGGAACUACAAUGUUUGACCUGUGUUCUUGUGUACAAUGAUAGAUCUGAGAAGGUAAAGGUGGGACACAAAGGGGUGCCAAAGUUAACACAAAUCAAAAUUCCUUACUGGAGCUUUAGGUGUUUUCAAAGUCUUCUAGUUUAUUGAAGGUAUAGGUGCCAGUAAAACAGAUGCACGUAAGAUUUAGUUCUGAAGGAAGUUGUAGAGAGCUCUGCGGAGUCAGAGAGCUCUGAGUGUAACUUCUUUGAAAAAUCCAACAACAUGAGGACACCUUUCCAGGAAAAACUGGCAUAUCUGUUCAUUUCAUCUACAGAAACUGCGUACAGUCAUGAGUGAAUACAGUCGUGAAUUUAAUAUGUUUACAUGCAGUCAAAGAAAAUCGAUUUAUUGCAGUAGUCAGACGGAGCCAGACUUAAAAAUCAUGCAACUGACGGAAAUAAAUCAGACUACUUAAAAUCAGACUAUAGGUUCUAUCUAUCUAUCUAUCUAUCUAUCUAUCUAUCUAUCUAUCUAUCUAUCUAUCUAUCUAUCUAUCUAUCUAUCUAUCUAUCUAUCUAUCUAUGGAUAAUGCCUUUGGAGAUUUAGUUCUCUGUCAUGUCAGUCAGACAUCCUACACAUGCUCUACGCUCUGAGCCAGUUGUUUAACAGCAUAGAUGCAUCUCUAGGGUAGUAGACAGAUAAACAAAACCCAGUCAGGCGAAGAAAGGGUGUAAAAAAGACUUAACUUUUCAGACAAAAGUCUCAGAGCUGUAAAGUGAUGAUCUUGUCAUUAUUCGUCCUGGAUACCCUCAGCCGGCUGUUUUUGAUAAUCAACCGGGAGAUUACUAAAGAGUACCAAGCUGGAAAGAGGGUUUAACCACCUACUGUAGCUGAGAUGGAUGUGAACUUAGGAUCACCAGAGUUGGAGGGAGUCAUCCCGUGGGGACCAUGAGUGUCUGUUCAUGGUUUUUGAGGAAUUUUGGUGAUGAAAGUGCAUUUUAAAGGUCAGCUGUGGUAAAUAUACAUGUUUGUGCUUAUAUCAGACUUUAGAGUGAAAGCUGAGGAUUUAUUUGUUCAGGGUUACAAAUGGUGAAUACUAAGGGGAGAUCUACUUUUGUAUGUGCUGCUAGAAAAACUCUUCUCUGUCUCAGUGCUUACUCUUAUCAGUAGUUUAUAUUCAUUCAAAUCUUGUCUUACAAACACAUCCGACAAUGGUUUAUUCCUUCAACAUACACACCUCCUGUUUAUUUUCCUUCUUUUUUUUGUGAACCAAUCCCAGCCAAAAAAUGAAUAAAAAAUUCAAGUUACUGCCAUAAAAGCGUCAGAGUAAUAAAAGUAGCAUUAUAAAAUUACCUCUCUCACUUUCACCUGAAGGCCCCGUCCUAUCGCACUCCUCCACUCAUCCUAUCACUGCAAGUCAGUCCCAGACUUCCCCUCCCUUGUGCCCUCAGAGGGGUAUUAAACCACCACCACCUCUUCCCCAUCCCAAUCAUAACCACACACCCAACCCCAACCCCCUACCAUGACCCAGUUUGGAGGGGAUAAGGGGGUAAGUCAGGACCAUUGUGAGUACCACGGGGAAAGAGGCAAGAUGCUCUGCCUCCCUCAUUCCUCUCUCUUUCAGGAAGCGCUCACACUUGGUUAAGCACACACACUGAGGCUCUACAUGAGAGAGCCGCGGCGGAGACGUGUUGUUUUGUUUUGGAGGCUUUUGUUUAUGGACAUAUGGUUGUUUUUGAUGUCGGGUCAGGGCUGUCUGAUGUCAGAGGAGGUUAAGGAGAAUGUAACGGAGGCUAAGUGAGACGGGAGACAGAGAUGUGGGGCCUCAGGUUGAGGGACAAAGGACACAGUCCCUGGCAUCUGGGAGUGAGGGAGUAGAGUAAGUAUGCUGCUUUCUCACUUUGCCUUGCUGCCUGACCAUAUGUGCUUGUUUUUACAUUUAUUUUCAUAUGUGUUAACUCUGAGGGAUGACAGAUUAAGACAUCCUUCAUUCGAAAGAUUAUUAUCAUGGAGGCAGAUGAGGGUAAAAUGUCUCUACAGAUUUGCAUACUUUUUAGUGGCCAAUUCUGCUUGAAGAAAGCGUACAGAUGCAGAGAAUCUGCUCCUGCCCCAGAGAUUCAUCCUUAAACAUAUGGAGCCACUUUGCCUUUUCCCCUUUGGACAAUGUUAAUGAGGGAGUUUUUUACUUUCCCACGAACACAGGGAGGGAGAUUUUCUUCAGGUCCAAACUCCCCCCUUUGCAGAAUGACGACAGGAGCUUACUCAUCCAUAUCACCCAGACGUCCUCAAUCCUAGACUCUCUCCAGGCUUAGAGUCAAGUUUGACCACGCAACAAAACAUCCAGCUGUUUCUAUUUCCAUCUCUAACCAUGUUGAUUUUCUGAUUUGAGAUAAUUUCUGUCUCCUGCUGAAAGGUUAAGAAGCCAGGGGCCCAAAUUUGAGUUUGGAAUUUGUAGUAUAUUUUCAUUUCAUGGCUGCAUGCAUUCAUCAUGCUGCAAGUCGGUCUUCAUACAGUGUAAUAAAGAUAAGUGUAUGAAAUAGAUGUGAUUAACAGCCCUGAUAACCUUCCAGGUCCAUGAAGUAAACUUUUUUUUAAUCGCUUCAAGGACUAUUUUAGACAAAGUUACAGCUGACGGGGAAAAAACAGCCAAUCAGGAUGAGUUGAUAAGAAGUCCAUUUUUAGCUUUGCUAUUUUUUUAUUUGAAUAUUUCAGAGCGCCUAACAAAGGAGCUUAUCCUGUGCCUUCAGAGAAAGAGAAGAGGAGUCACUAUAUAAGAAAUCCCCCUGUGCUUUUUAAGUCAAGCACCCUUCUGCUUAUGCUCAUCCAUGCUCCGCAGUUAUGGCGGUUAUCUGUUCUCAUAUGGGGCAUUCAUGUGCGGCUGCUGGAGACCUUUUAUGACAUGUUUAAUACGAGGUCUGUCCGCAUCAAAACAGCCAGAUUUUAACCCAUAUAUGACAAUCCAGGGGGUGAUCAUGCACAGAUGUCUGGCCAGUCACUGUGAGAGCAGAUUAGUUUGAUCUGUGUGCAGGAUGAGGUGGAGGAUCAGUCACGUCUGAGCGAAAUGACCCUCAAGUGAGGACAGUCACGGCAACACCAACCCAAACAGAGCACGCUCAGAGAACCUGCACUGUCCCCUUUGGCUCUCUGAUGCUAUUUGUAUAAAAUUAACUGCAAAAUUAACUAAAUUAUAAGAUAUGAAAGGCACCUUAAUCACCCAUGAGUCUCUAAUUUGAUGGCUAUUGACUUCCUAUUCCCCUAUAAAACAAAAGAUAACAUUGAACCAGAAUUUCCAUCUAAUUCCAGUUAAUUAGUGGCUAUUUUUUCAAUAAAAGGCUUUGUUUUUUAUGUGAUUACGCCUAACAAAGACUGCAUAUUAAAUCUUUGCACACUUGCCAUUGUCGACAUCAAGGACGGCUUUAAGCACAGUCCCUUUUAUAUCAGUCAAACCAGUCCCUUGUGCAAUAAUGAUGACAUUGCAUGAGAUAUAACAUCAAACCCAGCUGUGUGAGGCAAAAAAAGUAGAUAAAUCUAAAUGAUGGGACACAGUACCAGACAGAAAGUGUGAUAAUAGUGCGAUAUUUUUAUCAUGUGGACAGGACUAUCCUAGUUUUCUAUAAGAAUUUGGUGUGGAAAAAAAAUUCCUUAAUACAUUUAAUACACCAAGUUUAAAGUACUUUAAACUUUAUUCAACUAGAAUUUUGAGAAAAACUUGUUCACAUGGAGUCUGUUGAAAGCACUCCCCUUUGAGAUAAUAAUGCUGCGCUGUUAUUGCCUGUUUUUCAUCUCAGAUUUCUGAGGAGCUCAAUAAAUAGGGCAUUGGUUAUGUAUGGGGAUGCUUUGUGCCAUCAUUUAGGGUUUUCAAAGGCUUCAGAAGAACGUCAUAAAUCAGAACUGUGUGGAAGCAAAGAUUCAAAAAGUAAAUUGUCUAAAUGAAGCAGCGAAUCAGCAGGAUGGUAACUCAAUCAGCCCUGGCAGGAGUUUCUCUCAUCUUAGAAUAAAUUUAAUCACUUAAAAAAACACUAAAGCAGGCCUAAUUGAUCAUGGAAAACAGUAAUAAGAAAGAAGACUGAGCAAAUGUUUAUGUCGAGUUUGCACUGACGUUUGUACUCUGCAGGGGGGGAGAGUACAUCCGCGCUGUGAGCUGCCUGAUGGAGAGCGGCUGCAGCAUCCGUACGGAUGUUUGCCUGUGAGUGAGUCUGUGAGAGAUUUGCUGAGAAGUAGAGACAAAUUAGUUUUAAAACAACAAGGAAAUAAUUAACUUUUAAACAAUAUAAUCAGUGUUUACUUUGCAUGCAGUGACCUCACAAGCCAUGCAUUGUUAUCAUGCACGAGGAUAGUUUAACCCAUAGAGUUAAAUACAUUUGCCUAUAAAUUUACAUACUAAUGUGCUCUGCUUGGUUUCAUUGCAUCCGGAGGCUAAUAAAUCUAUUAUAUCUACAUACAUUUAUCAAAGCUUUAACAACAUUUACAGUGUGUUAAUUAUCCCAACUGCCCUUAGCCUGAUUGUUAAUAUUUAUGUAGCUUUGUGUGUGCAUGUGUGCAGCAAUGUGUGGUAUGUGGAUGAUCAGUUAAGAUGCAGUACAGGCAUAUUGCUGUCUGUGAGUAUUUUGUAUUGCUGUGCAUUUAAUAAUUGUAUUAUAAGGAUGGCAUUACAGCUGCAGCUAAAUACUUUAAAAACUGCACAGUGUACCUGCACAAUUAAAAAAAAAAAAACUGGGUUUAAUUGCUCCUGUGGUUCAAGUAUCUCGAUGUUGUGCUCUCUGUGGCUAUCAUACUUUCUGGCUAAUGUGGAUGUAAUUUUUUUUAAUGUUUUAAAGUCAUAAAAGAUAAUAAUUACAAAAUCACUGACGGUGCUAAAUUGUGUUUUAUUUUAGUCCUGACCUGGUCCACCACUGAUGGUGAAUUUUUAUGUGUUGCUGCACUAAGAAUUCUUCAUGAUGAUGCCUCCAGUUUGAGCUCAUCUUCUAACCACACAAUCAUAAACCUUGUGCAUCAGCAGAGAUCCCCCUGCACAAGUUGGGGGUCUGUCCCACAGUGGGGCUCAUUCCCCUGGUGUUCUUCAUGAGCCUGAGGCCCCUCCAGCUGGAGCACUGGGUCCAAAUAAUGAGUCACUACUGUGAAUAAGGAGCACCUCGGCUAACCCUGAUGUAGUGCCCCUCAUAUUCAUGUUGCGUUUGUUUGCAGAAAGAUUGUGGGUUUAUAAAGCUGUGCACAUGUGACUGUCUGUCUGUACAUCCGUCUGUCAGUUAGUCUGCGAGUCCAUGUGCAUUCAGAGGGAUUAAAGGCAGUGACUGAGGGGAUCCCUCGAGUGACGCAGACCGUAAUUGUGACUGUCUGAAUCAAUGCACAAGGCUGAGGAGCCCGUCCAGUUGACCUUUGACCCUGCACUGUUGUGGUACAGCUAUGAGCUAUGCCAAGGGCUUAGAUGUAUCAGAGUCUUUUAAUGUAAUGACCUGUGAUUUCAAAGUUUUGACCUUUUUCAGCCAGUGGCCACGAAGCUAUUGAUCCUGAAGCUCAUUCUCUUUCAAAGAUGAUCACAGUGAUGUAUGAUUUAAAUUAUAUAUUCAAUUAAAUAACAGAGUUUUUCUUGUGUUAGAACCAAAUCUGGUGUGUUUUUCUGAUGUUCAUUCUUUGUAAUAAACAGUAGCAGCGAGCCUGCCUGCUGUUUGUGUGUGUGUUCGCGGUGCUGCUCAUAAGGGUGACUCACCUCAGUAACUUGAUGCACAGAGUCAGCUUCCUACCCCUAACUGCCCCACUAGCUCCUACAGACACAAAUCGGAUGAGAAAGCAGAAUGCCAGGUUAUAUGUGGCAAAGGCUGUGGGAGUAUGAAGCCCAGGCAGCUGUGCAUCCUGGCUGGAGGAGAGUGACAGUACCCAGUGCACGAUCGUAUGGGACCUUAUAAAAGACUUCAUUAAGACACAAUGAAGGAAUUCUCAUCUUGUCAGUGUGCAGGGACCGUUUUCAGCUGCGUCCCCAGAUACUAAAGUCCCUGUUUCAUCAGAGUUAAAUACUGCAAAACUAUUUGGCAGCGAAAUGAUGAAAUUAUGAACAGCUCUGCUCUGACAGCAGGUCAGUCUUCACAGAGUUUUGCUGCACAGCAGAACAUAAUACAAAACCCAUAAUGCAUCUGCUCUAGUUCAUAGUGGUGGUCCUACAUAAUAUGAAAAUGUAAAUAUAUUUUGAGUUUCUGCAUUAUGAAGGUGAGGAAUAACACUAACCCUCGUUCAAACAUUUCUCCUGGUGUCAAUCAACACGCAGAGAACAUAUGGAAGAUGAACCAUUAAAAUUUGACUCAGGUUUUAUUCCUGAAUAAAGUGCAAGCACAAAAAAACUUCCACAGUUAAAGAGUCAAAACUCAAACAAAUGAUUCUCAAACUGCCUGGUGUCAAUCAACACGCAGAGAACAUAUGGAAGAUGAACCAUUAAAAUUUGACUCAGGUUUUAUUCCUGAAUAAAGUGCAAGCACAAAAAAACUUCCACAGUUAAAGAGUCAAAACUCAAACAAAUGAUUCUCAAACUGCAUUAAUACUGUCAAUGGAACAAUGGGGGAAGAACAAUGGCACAGAUAAAGUGUAAAACUGUAAUCUACUAAGUCUGCGCCAAGAUUCAAGAUCAUCCGGUGUGACACCUGCCCCCUCACAGCGGGGUAAGGCUGUGAAAAUCCCAACAGAGAAAGUAUGAGUCUUCUUUCUAGUGGUCUUGUUUGCUUCUGAAGGUUAUAUAUACUCUAGAGGCAUCAGUACCAGUUUCAGUCUGUUUGUAGAUCAGUUAAAAAUCCUCACUGUCUUUGAAGGAAAAAAGUGUGAAUUCAUGAGAAUAAAGUUGUGAAUUUAAGAGAAAAUAACAUAUUUUAAGGCUUUGUUAGUCUGCAUGUUUUUGUGGAGGAGAAAAUAAAAGGAGCAGCUAGCUUAGAGGAUUUUGUGAAUUUAUAGUUUAAUAUUGUUUCAUAAAUUAAAAAAUGCAACCUUUGAGCACGUCAGCUUCACAACCUUAUCCACAUUCCCCAUUUCAGUGCUGUUUAUGGAUGACUGAAAUCACACUGUUUUUUUCCAUAUAGAUAAAUUAUAGCUUAUAACUAAACUUUAGUCUCUCAUAAUGACAACGUCAUACUCGUGAGGUUAUGACUUUGAAUCUGCAAAUUUUAUCGUUGUUUUGUGACUUUUUCAAUAUAAUUUAAUAUUUUUUCUUGUAAAUUAACAUAAUCCUCUUUUAAAUUUGUUUACAACCAAAAUCUUUUUUUUUCAUCCUUCAUGUGACCCUUCCUUGUCAUCCUAAACAACAUUUGGAUUAACUCUAGAAUUAUUGUAUCAUUAAAGGUAAACAGACCAUGCUUGACCAUUAAAUGCCUUUCCAAUUAGUAUUUUCACACUGUGUCAUAUUCACUCUUUCACACACUUAGAGUAGACCUUGCAAUACAUAGAGCCCAUCAGCCUAACUAAUCCCAUUCACAUGCCAAUGGUCUUCCCCGUGACCGCAUCGACAUGCAACUUUCAAGAGUUGGGGGUCAAAGCACAACCCGCAGUGUCCCCCUGUGAGUGUUUACUGUAUGUGAAUGGAAAUAAUAAACAUAGAUUCAACUCCUGCAUUGAAUCUAUUACAUUACGGUCCCAUAAAUCACCCUAACAUUACAGUUAUUUAUGAAGGUAAUGCACUUGAAGUAUAAAUAUACCAGUUAAAACAAAGUUAUCUAAAUAUUUGUGCACCUCAACAGCAGAAAAGUCCUACAACGACAAAGCAGUUAAAGCUUUGCAGUCAGCUGUUUGUCUGUAGGACAACUCUCCUGCACAUUGAGUGUUAUGUAAAAAGAGUGACCUGAUGUAAUGCAGGAAAAGUCAGACGGAGCUCAACCACGGAAGGACACUGCUAUGACUCUGUUUGCUUGUGGCAACCUCUCACUCCGCUCCGGACAUUUGCUGCUUACUCAUACAUGUCGGUCACAGACGCUCAUAGUUAGCACUCUCACGAGGACUUUACUACUCGGACUGAGAGCAAGACUUUACUCAGCUCAGGCCCUCUUACUGUUGGUCUGUUAUGCAUACACAUAGAGAGGAUUCCUGACAGCUUCCUCCUGUGUUCCCUGCAUGCCCUUAUAUGGUCAUUGUAAUCAAUAUGACACAUGUUUAAUGGAAAACCCUCCUCAAAACAUUCCCACCCUCCCCGCUCCUACUGGAGACACAAAGCAGAGGGCUGGGAGCACCCACUCGCCUCCUCCAGCCACAUUUUUCUCUUCUCCAAGCUUCAUCUUGCUCCAGCUAAGCUUUCAACCUGCUCGGUAAGGCUGCCGUACCAGCGGUCCUUUAAACCCCAAACUAAGCCAGUAUUCAUGGUUGGACUUUCCUCUCAGUCUAGCUCACAAUAAGCCAUGCACUGGCGCUGCUUCGUAAAAAGGGGAAAGUUCUGUGGAGGUGUCAUAGUCAUCCCCAAAGCCGCCCUGAGGGACAGAAGUGUUUGGGUUCAGCUCCACCGCCUGAGAUAAUGUGGGUCUGCUGUCUGCCUCCCUGCUCCAGUGGUGUGUGCACAGCCACCUGCUGAUUCUGCUGGUUUUGAUGGAAUGCCUGGAGCCAAGACCUAACCUACAUUGGCAAUGUGUCCCUUUUCUAAACUGUGCUCCAAUGCAAACACACACACACACACACGCAUGCAAGCACAUAUAAGCACAGCACAGCACAAUGCCGUUUACCUCACAACCAGAACAAACCAGUCAAGUUAAUACAAUCCUGAAAACUGCACCUCUCACAGAAGAAGGCUCACUAAGAGGAUUUAUUUCUUCAAAAAGAGAUAGGCUGUUAAAUAAAGUGUGUGUGCACAUUUGAUGAUAGCAAAGUGCACAUUUGAUGAUAGCAAAGUCCCCAUUUGGAUUAUUUCGCCUCUCUUCUCAGUGCUGCUUGAUGGUAUUUUUUAAUACCGAUAUCCUUUCCACCCUGUUUGGUCUUCUAAUUCCAUAAAAAGCCCAAACUUGACAGCCACCUCACUGAGGCACUUAGCUCCAAAUUCAGCUUUGUGCUGCAAGAAGCAACAGAUCACAUUAAGGGUGUAUUGAUUGCCUGAGAGGAGCUCAGAGAGGAACACUUACCCUAAUUAAGGCAAUUAUCAUGUCAACACUUUUCACAUUUUGUAGCUGAACUUGGAAAAUGAAUACAUGAGCCUCACAUGAAAUAUCUGCAUAAAUCUUCUUCAAAGUGGCAUUAAUUGUUGGCUGUCUUCUUUUUUCCUCUCCAGAGUCUGUGAGCAGGUGAGAGAGGGACACUGUCUGCCCCACUGUCCAGCGACACCAUGAGCUGGAGCUUCCUCACGCGGCUGCUGGAGGAGAUCCACAACCACUCCACCUUCGUGGGGAAGCUGUGGCUCACCGUGCUCAUCGUCUUCCGCAUUGUUCUCACUGCUGUUGGGGGAGAGUCCAUCUACUACGACGAACAGAGCAAGUUUGUCUGCAACUCGGGGCAACCAGGCUGUGAGAAUGUCUGCUACGAUGCCUUCGCCCCUCUAUCUCAUGUCCGCUUCUGGGUCUUCCAGAUCAUCCUGGUGGCAAUGCCUUCCCUCAUGUACAUGGGCUAUGCUGUCCAAAAGAUCGCUCGAAUAGAUGAAGCCAAAGGAGGAGCCGGUUCUGCUGCAGUUAGAACAGCAGGAGGAGGAGGCUACACACACAGGAAGCCAAGGAAAAUCUGCUUUGGAGCUCGGCAACACCGGGGUAUCGAGGAGACUGAGGAGGAUCAGGAGGAUGAUCCCAUGAUCUAUGAGGUACCAGAGAUUGAGCCCCCUAAAAGACCACGGGAUCCCUUGCAACCCACACCCAGACCCAAAAUCAGGCAUGAUGGACGCAGGCGUAUCCAAGAUGAGGGUCUGAUGCGGGUCUAUGUCUUGCAGCUGGUGACUCGUACCUUGCUCGAAGCAGGAUUCCUUGCAGGCCAGUACUUACUUUAUGGGUUUCGUGUGAAGCCUGUGUUCGUGUGCUCUGGGAAACCUUGUCCUCACAGCGUGGACUGCUUUGUGUCACGGCCUACAGAGAAGACCAUCUUUUUGCGCAUCAUGUAUGGCGUCACUGUCCUCUGCCUCACACUCAAUGUGUGGGAGAUGCUUCAUUUGGGGAUUGGAUCCAUUUGUGACAUUCUACGACGUCGGCGCUGCCCACCUCAGGAGGAUGAGUACCAGCUGGGCUUGUUAGGCACCAAUGGGGGUGUUGAGGGCUCAGUAGGGGGCACAGGACCAGAGGCAGGUUCUGAAGGAGGGGGGGCUGGAGAUGGUGCUGCAGAUUAUGUGGGCUACCCCUUUUCGUGGAACACUCCAUCUGCUCCCCCUGGCUACAAUAUUGUGGUAAAGCCAGAGCAGAUGCCCUAUACGGACCUUAGCAAUGCUAAGAUGGCGUGCAAACAGAACCGGGCAAACAUUGCCCAAGAGGAACAGCAACAAUUUGGUAGUAAUGAGGAUAACUUUCCCACUGGAGGGGAGGCCCGUGUAGCUUUGAACAAAGACAUGAUCCAGCAGGCUCAUGAGCAACUGGAGGCAGCAAUUCAGGCCUACAGUCAGCAGCACCGUGCAGAGGAGCAGCUUGGGGACAACCAAGAUGACAAGCCCCAAAGUAACAUCAUCCAGGCCCAACCUCAGCCGCAGCCUCAGCCUCAGAAAGAGCGAAAGCACAGAUUCAAACAUGGGAAAGGAGGAAGCAGUGGAGGAGGCAGCAGCAGCAACAGCAGCAGCAGCAAAUCAGGAGAAGGGAAGCCCUCUGUAUGGAUUUAAAUCCAGAAACAGGGGCAUGUAGUGAAACCAUGUAGAUAACAGAGAUUGGAAGACGAGCUGUUGCAAUCUUCCUUCCUUGGAUAUUUAUACACCACAGUGCCUUAAAGAUUCCUUCAAGCUGGAGAAGAUGUGUGUUUAUGUAUUCAGUCAUGUAAAAAAUGAAACGUGAUGUUGCAGCUGACAGCUUGUGUUGUCAGGGCUAUCACUGUUAAACUUGAAAGAUCACACCAACACAAACUGUACGGCAACAGUCUGUCCGUUUACAUGUCUCGUUCUCCUCAAGCCCGAGAGGAGACUAUCGACCUCUGUUGUCUCCUUGUUGAUCCUUUCUCUGGGGUUUGAAAUUAGGAAAUUAAAUGAAUGAUAAUGAUUUCUGUUGUGGACCAGAUUGAUCCCAGAUUUGGCUUGGUUAAUUUUCCGGUCUCUCCUCCUUAGAGAGGCUGUACUCAUACAUUCGCAUCCCAAUUCUUGGGACUUCAAAGUGCAUCGAGAUAAGGAGUCAUCAUAGAACAAAGGCAAAGGGGUACCAUGCUAUCUCUGUGGCCUCAUAUGCUAAAGAAACCCGACCUUGUGCUGUGAUAACGCUUUAAAAGGGAGAACAUCAUAAAUGCAAUAAAAUGAAACUAAAUUCAAUGGCAGCGCCUAAAGCAGUGACUUUAUAAUGAAGGGAUAAUUUCAACUUCCUGAAGGCUGUGUCCUGUCAUGUUCUGUCUGUCAUAGUGUUUUAUUAUCAUUCAGAUUUUGCAUUUGACACUGUGUUUGUUCUCUAUGUUUUUAUAAAUAUGCCACAAAAGCUUCCGCUCAGAAAUCACUCCUAACAACAGGUGGCUUUUUUCUCAGCUCUGCAUCUUCUGUUUCCUGAGUUUUUUUUUUUUUUUUGAGGUGCAAAAGCAAAUAAAAGUUUCCAGCCUCGACCUUUUGACCUUUUAGUUUCCUGCGCUGGCUCUUUACGGCUGUUGACCAAGGUGCGCGGCACCUUGCAUGUGUCUCACCUUUCUUGUAGUUGACUGCCCCCUGGUGGUAUCUCAUUGGGGGCUUCCUUUAUUGGGAGUAGAUCCUGGCUGCCACCUGCUUCCAGCUGUAGUGUUCCUUAUCAAACUUCAGGCCUUGUGUGGGUUGAGCCUUCCCAGCACUAUACCUUCAGUGUAAAAUGCACAAGGCUGCAAUAUCACUACAUCGUAACGGGAAAGGUUUAAAGCCAUUUUUACAAUAAAUUGAGACCAAACACUGUUUGUGUGAUGCAAGUGUCAGUGCCAAGAUUUUAUGCAAGGCUGCUAUGAAGCCUGCUUGUUUGUAGUUUUGGAAUACCGUGGCCAUGCUACUCCAGUUUUGGAAAAAGAAAAUGCCUACAAGAGACCAACCCUUUUGUAAAAGCCUCUCAUUUUUUGUAUUAAAUUGUGUGUUGUUUUUUUAAAUUAGUUUUAAAAUAACAAACUCAUAAGUUGAGAACGUUUUUAUGUUGGAGCCAAUGUUUUAUAUGAAAACAUUCAUUUUUUUAUGACUGUUUUUGUAAAAUAAAGAAACAGAGAAGAAGCUCUUUUUAAAGAUCACCUAGCUGUAUGGUUAUUUAUGGUUAUUGUGUUUUGAAUUGCCUUCCAACUGUAAAAAAUGUGAAAUAUGAUACAGUAUAUUUUUAUAUUAUGUCGGCUACAGUGACUUAAAUGGAAAAAAAAAGCCAGACUUUUCCUUGUAUGUGACAGUAACAGUAUUAAAUGUCAGUGUUGUUCCUUUUCCCUGUUACGUUCUGAAUGAUCCUGAACAGCUGUGUAUGGAGAUCAACUGACCAAGAGAGUUAAGUUAAGAAAAGACAGGAAGUGUCUUAUUAUUGAAACCAUUUUCAGCUUUUUGCCAAUGCAUAGCAAUACUGAUUACUUAUUCCACUCUGGUGAAUUUGGAGGCAAAACAUUGAGAGCCAGCAACACUGGGUCCUAGAUUGUAAAAGUCUGGACUUUUUAGAUUAUGGCUGAAGUAUUUCUUAUUGAUUUGCUCACCGCUUCUAUUCAACAGGCUAGCUAGCAACAAACUUCACAAACUUCAGAGGGUAUUCAGUCAGCAGCUGUCCAGACUUGAUUGACACUGGCUGCACUGACACCGCCCUGUCAGCUAAAAGCCACAGGUGAUUUACUGAGUUUCCCUGUCAGUGUCAGUCUCUUUCCCUCAAAGGCAUAUCAGCUCUCAUUAAACCUUUCCACUGUGAGCAAAGUUUGUGAACUUUAGUUGAGACAGAAACAGAGAGGUUUAACUGGAGAACAGAUCAUCAAAGUUUGACCCAGCAGAGGCCACUAGAGGGCGACCUUUUGUCAAAAGAGGAGCACUUCAGUCAGUGAGGAAAAGGAUGUUUUGAGGACGUGCCAUGGGGACAGUCAGAGACCCCAUCUGCUCCUUGUAUCAUAACUGACAGCUUGGCCUUAUGUCUCCAAAACUCUUGUGGGUUAGUCUUGUCUUGUUUGUGGGCAAAGUAAAGAAUUCAGGCAGCUAUCCGGGUCAGAAGAAUUACCCUGUGGCAUAGUUAUAUGUAUUUGUAUCUGCCAGUUCUUCUUUUUUUACCAAAUGGCUGGGAAGGAUAGUGUAGGGAGAAACUGUGCUCACAGGACAAAAAGGGGGUUUAAUGGCUACUUUUAGGGGAGACUACUCUUCUCUCCACACUGUCGCUGUUUCUGUGAAAGCUGUCCCCAAAAUGUCAAUAGGGCUUUAAAGAAAAACCCCAAAAAGGAUUGACUGUUGAUGAAGUUGUGUACAUAAUUUGCAAGAGAGCCAGUUUCUGUUAAUUCUUAACAGUUUGUUUGCAGUAAUCCGGAUUUUUCAUGAAUAAGGAAUGCAAGAAAAUCUGUUGAAUAUGAACAAUGUUUUACUUGGCAGCAGCAAUAUGCAACUUUUACUUCAAUGAGGAGUCCCAGCCCUGAACUCAAAGCCCUCAUACCUAACAAAUAAAAGAAAUAUGGAAGUCUCUCUCCGGAAAUGCUGAACAUUUUGUGGGUCUAUUCAUCAGGGACACCACAAUAUCCAGUUUCAACAUCCAUGCGUCUGUGUAAAACAAUGUCAGUGUUCAGAAGAAAGACCGUAGUAUGGUCCUGUUGUUUCUCUUAACAUUUCUUCGAGUUAUCUGUGUGGGGUGUGACAAUAAAACCAGUGGUAUUACCAGUAAAAACUCUGAUUCAUACAUGCAUUUGUGUGUUUGUGUUUUUCUAAGCCUUUUGUAAAAUGUACAUUUCUUUUGAGUGCCAUUCUGGUAUCCCCGGGCAAAAAUCUGUUUCAUAUUCUUUGAUGAAUCCACUGUUUUGCAUGUGAAAAGACGUAUUUUCCUACAAAAAUAAAAGCAGAAAUACAAAUUAAAUAAGAUCUCUGCUUCUUUUUUUAUACAGACGUCAUAACAGCAUUGAAAAAAGUCCAAAAGAAAAAGACUCUGCACUCUUAAAAAGUUGAGUAUUGUCCUCCCGUUGAAGUCAGUGUAAGAGCUUUGUUUGAUUUUGAUUGUUGGAGAUCAGGGGGGUCUCUGCAGCCCCAUCAGGAGAAUUACAGUCACACAGGCUGAUGUUGUGUCACAGGAAACCGACGAGAUGCCACCUCCGCUCACGUCAGCCGUGUCAUUUUGUUUGUCACUUUAGCGGUUUCAUUCAGUGACAGUUGAACUUCAGCUCGUGACGAGAGAACAAACAAGUCUGCGAGGCUUUCAAUGACAUUAAUGCAUGACGAGCUAAAUUUUUGUUCCAAUUAGCCUCUGAGUUAAACUGUCCUUCAUAAAACAAUCACUUGUUCAAUCAGUCCACAGUGGAAGAAAGCAGAGACACAGAGGGAUCUGUCAGUGCCUGUAAGGAUGGAGUCCCCUCGCUUUUUCCAUCUCUUUGUCAGUCUGCAUUAGCAGAUUCACAGCAGAACAGCCUGUGGAAUAAACAUCGGAAAAAGGAAAUGAAAAGUAUGUUUUAGUGAUUCUCUGGACAAAAAAAACACUUUUCCCCAGAGAGACUAGCCAGCAGGGAUGAGCAGAGUGCUGCAGCUGGAUGUUCAACGGGGUCACUGCUGAUAUGAGUGGAAUCCCAUGAGCAACGUCUGGGAUGGCAACUUGUGGCAGCGGGCUAUUUUCUCUAAAAAAAGAAACAAACAAUUUUCCUUUUAAUGGCCUAAUUAGCUGAAUGUGUGAACACCACACACAUGUAAUUUUAGGGACAGUUAACACAUGCUACUAUUAGCAAUCUGGGGACGGGAAAUGGAGGCAAAAACAAAAAAGGCCUUCGAGACUUCUCUGAUUGUAUUCUCACGGUCAUUAAAUGCAUCACCAAAACCUUUGCUAGUCUCGUAAUGGGACACAAGAUAGACUGCAUAGAGGCGCAGUAAAACUCAUGCUUCUUGUAUCACAUCAAGAAAGAAUAUUAAAUGACUAUGGAUUCCUGCUUGAACUAGCAUUAGACUUCAGUCAGGUUUAAAGCUAUUGUAUAAGUUAAAACACAAGUUAAAAGGAGCUUCAAAAGAUUGCAACCAGAACAUCCAUUUUAAUAAACCAGUGAAUCAUGGGAUUUUUUUAUUAUGUCAUAAUCACAAAGAACAAAGUGUGCUCCCUAACUAGCUUCAGCACCAUUUGUAAGCAGAAAUGCUGCACUUUAAAGACAAUUCUUGGCAGAUUUUGGACACUUGAGGGCUUAAGUACACUAAAUCAUGCAAGCUGAGAUGCCUGGGAAAAAGCUUUCACCUCCUCCACAGACAAGUAUUUCCAUUCUGGCUCACAAAAAAAAGUGUUUUUGAAAAGUAUUUAUUCCUUGAUUCUGUUGUAUUUUCCCUCUAACACUGAGUAGUUUAUGACACAAAGAUUCACAAGGCUCACAAGUUUGGUCAUCUAUAACUUGUACACCAUUUCUCUGGAUUACUGAAAUCACUGUUAAAGAUCCCAUAUUAUACUCCUUUUCAGCAGGUUCACAUAGGUCUCAGAGGUCCUAGAGCAGUCAAUUUGAAGUUUGUUGUCUAAAAAUCCAGUUUUUUCCUGGACUUCAGCCAGCCUGAAAACCCUCUCUAGUGAGAUCUACCGAGAACCCGCCGUUUCUAUGUGCUGCACCUGUCCACACAUCCUUCAGCACAAGCCACUUCCCUCCCUGUCUCUCUGGGAGAGGGGGGCAAGGCUUGCGAGAUGGUAAGGCAUGGCUCGUAGAAGCGUUUGUUUCAGAGUCUGACCCAGAAGGGGAGGCUCCUGAAGAAAUUCCAACUCUGUGCAGCUGCAGCAGGACGUUUUUUAAAUGGUUAGUUACAAAUAAUAUGUGUCUUAAUAUUUUUCUUUUCACUUUGUUUGUGUGUUGGCACCAUAGAUUGUAUAUCAGAUGGACAACUUGGUUCCGCCUACCUUCUGUAUACGGAUUUGAAGCCAAAAAGCUCUCAGUAUCUCCGGGAUUUUUCUUCAUUUCCUGAAACCAGCGCUGCGCAGUAGCAAUGCGCGCAUUCGGCCGUGCAGUCACCGAGAGUCACGGUGAUGACGCUUGGCUCAAACGGCGUAUUCCCCUGGGUGAGUGACGCAAUCCCUGAACGCCCGUAGGCUGUUUCAGGUGUCAAUCAAAGAAAACAUGAACCCCCUAAUAACUUUUAAAAACGGAGCUUCACAGAAAAAAGAGGACUUGAGCACAAACCAGUCUUACAAUAACUACAUGUCAACAUCACAAGCACGGGGGAGAAAAAUGUAUGUUCUGUGUAAUAAAAUUCUAUAGUUUGUCCACAGCCCCAUAAGCUUUGCUGGUGGAGGCGGGAUUUAUGACCUAUACUGCAGCCCAUCAACAGAGGGUGCUGUUCUUGGAGUGGCUUCACCCAGCGAGGAGGCAGACUCUGUCCAUUCUAUAUACAGUCUAUGGUUGGCACACAGUGACUUACAUGUAGCUGGGUAACUUUAGCUCCUGCUAACGGUUACAUCUCCGCUGUUUUCUCAUUACUUUGAGCUCUUUUGGGGAAUGCGCAAUAUUGUAAGUAUAGCUAUCUCUCGUGACUAUGUUCUUGCAGUCUACGGAAAAAAGAUUUGUCGUCAGAGGACCACUACUAGCCUCAACUGCUAGCCUAUGCUCAGUUAGACUGCUACAAGCUUGUAAUGUCAAGACUGAUCGAUGCUGACAAAGUAGAACUAAAAAUCUUAUUUUUGUAAAGUUUUGUGAUGUUUUGAGCUGAGAUGUUUAUAAUGGGUAAAAACAGACAUCUGUGCAGCCAACAACAGAGCAACUGCCGUGCCUUGCUUGUACCUUUGCCAUUUCGAGCCAGCGUUCACAAAAGAGAAAAAUAAUGUCUGUCAUGGACGGUGAGAGUUUCAAUCCGCCCAUUUGAGCAGACAUUUUCUGAAAGGUGGAACAAGCAAGAGAAGGAGAGGAUAGCAUUGUCUCAUUUUGGGGAGAUUUGUAGACAGGCUGGGGAUGCAUAUUAUGGUUAGAAAACCAAUUUAAAGUGAACUUUGCAUAAUAUGGGACCUUUAAGACUUCCUAAAUGUCAUCAUGAAAAAAGACAAACAUGAAAAAGCUCAGUUCAAGAUUACAUUUGUCACCCACAGUGCAUAAUUAAAAAUCUCGUUAUCAGCUUACAUCAGAGUCAGUUAUAUUGGCACUUUUUUUAGCAAUAAUAUCAUGUGGAGGAUACUUUUUUCCAACUUAUAUUGUACCAAUAUUUGCAUGUCAACACUUUGCGAUUGUACCGCUCUCUGUCUGCUUUCUUAGAUGAUGACACCCUUGCAACCUAUAUUUAAUCACCUAUCGUUCCUGUGUCUUUUCCAUGACAUCUCUGACCACAGAUGGCAGCCAUAUUGGUUUGAAGCUGAUGUUAAUGAGCCACGAACUCAGCAGCCCCUCUGGGGUCAGAUGUGAUAAAAUUAAAUCUCUGUAUCACAUUAAGCAUUGUCAGUGUCAGAGCAUGAGAACAAGAGUGCAGUUUUCAUCUUUCACCACCAGCACCAGUCUUUUUUUUAACAUUAGUGUGAAAAUAUUUGUGAGUACCAAGUAUUUAAACAGUUACCUGGAUAUUUUGAAAAGUGGUUAAAUGUUUGAAGAGAGUUUUACCAAAAAGGUUCUUCACAUUCAGUGUGCUGUUUUUGAAGUCAGACAAUCUUCAUGUUCAGGAGGUAUUUGAUUUCCUUCAAAAUACAUUCAUUCUCCAAAACUUCUCUGGUUAGUUUUAUAACUUAUCAUUAGUAACUGAUUAAAAUAAGGCACUACUCUGUAGACCUGGACCCCACAAAGAAGUCCCAUUUGAAUCCCAAUGACUCCCUCCAGACUCCAGCUGGUAAUAAAUACAGUCACGUUUAGUUUAAAUGCUCGUUCUGCAUUUCAUUUCAGUGCAAAUGGCCUGGCUGCUGAUUGGAUGAUUCUUCCUUGCUUCAUCAGCCAAUAGCUAUUAGCCUGUUUGUUCAAAGGAGUAUCAAAGACCCCAUUAAUGGCUGGUCUCUGCCAGCAGGUACAAAGAGGACACUCUGCUUCUGCUCCUGCAGCAGACCCUUGGUUUACUUUUUCCCAGGUCUACAGUCUCCAAGAUGAAGCUUUAGCACCCCUUGACUGUGCAGCCGCAACAAGAGUUCAAACUCAGCCGGCAUGGCGUGGAAUUUUGUUUUUGUUUUUCUGUCAUCAUAGUAGUGGUUUGUCAGGUCAUAGAGUCCAUGAGGGUGACUACUGAAGGGCCAGAAUCCAUACAGAUGCACAUCUCUGCAGAGUUCUAGUGCCAGGCUAGCCAUGAUUAUCCCAGUGCUGAGCCGCACGGCCCGCAGGCCUUGUCCACGCCAGAAGGCAGCCAAUUUCUGGAGGUAUUCAGGGUUAAAGAAGACAGGCCUGAUGGGACUACCAAAGUCCUCGAUUGUGUAUGCAGCCCGCAGAGAUACAGGAGUGUUGUGGCCGUAAGAGAAAGCAGGAAGGAGCAGUAAGGAGUUGCCGUAAAUCUGUAGACUCUCCACAAAUGGACGGCGACGCCCCAUCAGAGCCCCAUACCUGAAAAUCAGCAGCAGAUUCAAAGUGAUUAAAAACAGAAAAAUGUAAUAUGAAAAUACUGGACAAUCUGUUGUCUUACUCACUUUUCUAAGAGGAUGCUCGGGUUUGCUGUGACUAGGUCGGUCUUGACCCCCACAUGCUUCUCAAAGCCAUUUUUCAGUGGAGGUAGGUUGCAUCUGAACAAACAACGAAAAAGGUCUGUGAUGAUCUGAGUGAUGCUGUUAUCAGUUUUUCAGUCUAUGCUUCAUGAACACCUUUCCCACCUGAUGACAAACUGAGCUGAGUCAAUCAUCUCUCCACAGCCACUGUUAGCCAGGAUCCCUCCGUUCCCGACCACUGCACAUGUGUCCCAUGUUUUAUUUGGGAAAGGAUGCUCCUGGAAAUGAUAUGCGUGUAAAACGAUCAAAAAUCAAGGUUCAGGGACAUUAUUAUACCAAAGGGAAAAAUGUUUUACAGCCAGUAGGACCGCACAAUACCACAAUGCAAUACAGUACCAUGCAUCACAACUCUUAAUUUAUCCUGUUCAUGUGUAAGUAGUAUUUUACUGGAAAAUUUUUGUCAGAUGUAUCACUCUGCCACACUCUGCCACAGCCCUGUUACUGAUGGAUUUGAAUGCUUUUGCAGGUCAAAGAGAUGCAUUGCUAUUGAAUUCAGAAUGGCCAAACGAUCUAAAAACUCCUCACAAGGGCUUUAAAUGAAGGUAUCUGUAACUGGUUAGUAACGAUGCUAUAGGAAGUGAUAUCUAACUAUGUAUGUCCCUGUCUCUUAAGCCCUGUGACCAAUUUUUCAGAAAUCUACUAGGAGGUGCUAUAAUUGGAAUAAAAUAUCUGUUCAUAAUUGUGUUAAGGUCUAGACGUUGAUUAUGCAUAGAGAGUUUAGAUCCGAUUAAAGCAUGCUUUGCUGAGAAAAAAACUACUUCCUGGCUUAAAAAGAGGGAAAUUUUACCAGUUUUUGUUAGAUUACCUGUCUUCCUGUCGACAAUUCACCAUGACACUUAAAGACAUUUUUUAGCCCUAGGAACCUGGAUAUGUUUACCAAACAAUAUCUUUGUACAUCAAACAGUUGGGAGGGGCUGUAUUUUCAAAACCCAUUGAGCCAACAUUUUCUGCUAAUGUUCAAUGCCAAAAAAUAUGAAUUUUAUUUUUCAUUACACCUGAGGCACAUGCACUCUUUCAUGAGUUUUUAGCAUGUAAGGUCCUCAAAAAAUCACAACAAAAGAUAUAAUAAUAAUAAUAAAACAAUCAUCAAAGGAAUUUGAAUUAGGUCCUUGUACCAGCUUGGUGGUCAAAAGCAUUGUAGUACCUUUGUAAAAGUGCUGGAAAUCUCUGGUGUCACCUGGAGGCUCCUCCUCUUUUCUCCAUCAUAGACCAGCUUGGUUCCCACUGGAGUGUUGGCCUGGGUAAUGAUGGCCUUCUCAAAACCAUGACAUUUGCUGUUCAGCUGAGAUCUUUGGAAAAAUAGAGACAAAAGUGUCAGGAGAGAAAAGAGGGCUGACUGAACAGGUACAUUUUAACAGCUUAUACUUAAAAAGGGUCUUCUUCUGUUGCAGACAUACUGACUCCAAAAACUGACCCAAGGGAGCUGAAGCAGUCUUGGGUUUUUCGGGUGAGAACCCUUUAUGUUACAGGGACUCAUGGGACUUCAGUGUGUGCUAUAUUUAGAGUGUGUGGUAAACUUUUGCAUUGAGUUCCUCUAAUCUAAUGCAUCUCCUUAUUUCCACUUCUCCUUCCUAUUUAGCUGUUCUACUUCCUAUUUAUGUUAAGAGAAAUCCGAUGUAGAUUUUCAUUGUAAAUGUGUGGAAAUAUUUCAUGCUUACACAGUCUAGGGUCAUGCAUUGCAUCCAUAUUUCAAGGGCAGACCUAAUAGGAUGACUCAAUCAGUUUCAGCUAUUUGUGACAGUCAGGCAAGGGCAUUCUGACUCAUGAUUUCUGAGCUUGUCCUUAAGUCAAACAUGUAGGAAGGAAGAGUCUUAUUCAGUCAUUCAGACUGCUGAGAUACAAACUUAACCUUGGCUGUGUGAUUGUUUACUUUAGCUUCUCUGAAGCAGCCCUUUAGUUGGUCUAGAACACGUCUAACCAGUCUAUAAUAACUAAAACAGGACUUUUCAGAACGUGUAAAUCCAGCUCCUUUCUUUUUUCAGGAAGUGAUUUGGUCUCAUUUUGUGGAGGAGUUUUGUUUCUCCUUUUUUGACUCAGGACGUACAUUUGUGAAGACUGGGUAUCCCUCUUUUAAUUACAUCACAAAGCAAAUGGGCACAGCUGCUUUCAAGUUUGUUUAUCUACUCUGGCAGACUCAGGCUGUCUAAGAAACAAAAGGGCACCAGCUGAAUGCUGCCGGGCUGCCAAAUGCUAAAAGUUUAGAUACUUUAGUAGUGGCACAGUAGCAAACACUAGAUACGAUUAAAAUAGUAUUAUUAUAUAAUUCCGAUUUCAAACUGUUCAAACAUUCAACAACAUGAAGUGAUCUCAUUAGACAGCUAUGUGUUUUAACUGUGGUAGCUUUUAUGAGUGUAACAACAUGUAACUGGAGAUGGGAUGUUUUAUUUUACCUGGACUUUUGGUAAUUGUCCUCCUGCUUCUUCCAGGGUUGAGAGUAACGCUGCAUCACUUUUUCAAUAACCUCCCUGUAGCACGCACGCACACGCACGCACGCACGCACGCACACACACACACACACACACACACACAAACGCGUGCACACACACACACACACACAGAGUUAAGUGAUCUCUGUAUAACACUGACAUUCCUUGAUUUGAUGGAGCUGUAAACACUGAGUUCACUUCAGGAGAAGCAGUCCUGGUGAUGUUGCUUGCACUCACUUGCAGCCCUUGCAAAGGUCAGAUGUCUUAGGGGCGCUUUUCUUCUGAGGGGCCGGUCUGCGAGGGUCCACAUGACUGUGGAGCAGACAAAAGAAUAAACAGGACAGAUGUGUUAAAAGCAGAGGCAAUGGCCGAGCAGAUAAUCUAAUCAGGGGUGUAGCACAAAACUCUGGACCCUAUAUUUAGAUACUUGUCAGAACCACUCCCUGAAUUUACAGCUACUUUUAGUAACUUUGUUGAUGGACCCUCCUCACAAAGAUGCACAAA